AAAGGAAAGGGCUCUUGAUCACCUGCUUUGUCUGAAGUGAGUCACCUUGCAAAUAUAUGAAUAGCAAAUGCAGGAAAAGUAAUCUUGUGGUGCACUGGAACAUCCUCCUAUUUGCAUACCUGCCAGCCCCUGUAGUUAGCUACAGAAAUCAACACUUGGCACCUCAAAUAUGCAACGAUAGGCAUAUAUUUUCUUCCCUUUUCCCUCCAACUGUCUCUUUUUUAUUUCAUCUCGCUUUUCUUUUGUCUCCUUUACACUCCUGUCCAUCUUUUUCCCCCACCUCUAUUUGCUUCCCCCCUCCACCUCACUCAUCCUUUCCCCUCCUGGCUCCCUCAGACAUCAGGGUAUAUUUCCCCCCCGGCAGGAUGCAUGACAGGGGAGCAGGUGGAACAGAGAGCAAAUGACAAAUCUCCCUCUCCCUCUCUCCCCACGUCUCACCCACUGUCCUGCCAGGGGCCCUCCUCAGCGCUCCAGCCUCCCUCCUUCCUGCACCUUCCUAUCCUAUCUGACCACAUUGAUAUUCAAAUCUAACUCCGGCUGCAUUCCACCUUGUCUUUUGUCGUGAAGGUCUCGCCAAACCACCAAGGAAGGGAUAAGAAAGGGAUGGGUUUCUGUCCCCACCCUUAAGCCUGAAAUGACAGAUCUCAUGCUGAAGGGGGAGCACUCAUGUCCACCUCAAUAGCCCACGGUCUGUGCUGAAAUAACCUGGAGUUGGUUUGUAAAAACGGUGAAACGGCUUAGCGACGAUUACCCAUCCCUGAAAAAGAGUAUUCUGGAUCUUAAACCGGUUUUAAACUACAGUAUGAAAGACACAAUCCUCAAAGAGCAAAAUCACAAGAACAUGGUAGAGUAGUCUUUGUGUGUCUGUUCUUGUUGUCAUUGACAUGGUCCCACAUGACAUGCAAGUACAGCCAAAGUCUCACAUCUGGCCAUGAGCUAUCAUUAUCUUUGCCUUCUCCUCUCUGAUGAAUCUGCCCCAGCUCCUUGCUGAGGAGCCGGGCUUUAUUUAAUGGGCUCUUUCAGCCGUGGUUUGCUUGGCGGAAGCCUCUUACAAACCCAUUUAAAGAAGGGUCUAUGGAUUUCAUGGCUCCCCGGGCACUCUCUGCUUCUUUCAAUAAGGUGAAGUCCAAGGCUUUAUCCAUCCGUCAAUGGGCCGGGGGAACAGUGGAUGCAGCAGUUUUUAAUCCCAGAGAUGCCACUGUCCACUGUAUGCUUGGCUGUUCCCUGAUAGGAGACCUGAGUCACCUGGGGACUUUUUAGUUCCUGUGGCAGAGCAGAUUUAUUGUUACAUAGAUGGGGAUAACAACCGGGCACACUGGACACCGCCUGGAGGCAGAAGCAUAGAUGGAAGGACAGAUGGAGGGAGAGAGAAUGAAGACGCAGCAGAUUGAAACGACUCAAGAAACUAUGAGGUAGAAAUUAUUGAAUCCACUGAUGGGAAAGCUGCUGGGAAAAUGUAGUGAACUCAACUAGCAGUGAAUUCACAUUCGAUUGAGCUUCACUGCACUGAAGCCACCUCCAAGUGAUAUGUAGCAAGCUAGGCUCAUAGACUGUAUAUACGAUGGACAACUUGGUUCCGCCUUCCGCCUGUAUAUGGAUUUAAAGCCAAAAAGCUCUCAGUAUUUCUGGGAUUGUUCUUCAUUUCCUGAAACCACCACUUGCGCAGUAGCGUUGUACGCAUUCGGCGAGAGAGUUGCUGUGAUGGCACUCGGCUCAAACAGCGUAUCCUCCGGUUGAGCUACGCAAUCUUCGUAUGCCCAUAGGCUGUAUCAAGUGUCAAUCAUAGAAAUCUUGAACCCCCUAAUAACUUUUAAAAACAGAGCUGUACAGAAAAAAAGAGGUCUUGAGCACAAACCAGUCUUACAAUAACUACAUGUCAACAUCACAAGCAGGAGGGAGAAAAAUUUAUAUUCUGUGUAAUAAAUUUCUAAAGUUUGUCCACAACUCCAUAAGCUUUGCUGGCAGAGGCGGGAUUUAUGACCUACGUAUACAGCAGCCUGUCACCAGAUGGCGCUGUUCUCGGAGUGGCUUCACCCAGCAUGGAGGCAGAUGCUGUCCAUUCUAUAUUCAGUCUGUGCUUGUUACACUAAAACACAUUUAUUGUUUAUGAUUUUAUUCAUAACUAACAUAUUUGUACUAAAGCAGUUUAAGUCAAAAGUGAUCCUUUUUGGGGCCAUUCUGUAAAAACAUUAUGGGCCAUAAUUAAGACAAACUUUAGCCAAAUACAGAAGCUUAACUUUGUUUUUUAAAAUCACUACCAAAAAACAUUAUCAAUGCUUUUUCCCCAAGAAAUAUUUCUGCAAGACAAUAACAAUCUGUUCUGUAUGUACUACAACAGCAUGGCUCUGAUAGUAGAAGAGUCUGGCUGUUGAACUAGCCUGCCUGUCGCCCCAUUGUGUCACCCAUAGAAAAGAUUUGGCAUUAAUAUACAGAUUGAUAUGUCAAACGAAACUUCGGACUGUUUUUGCACUUCUUUUAUUUGCAUUUGCUGUAAAAUAUUAGACAGCGAAACUCCAUGGCAUCCUGGCAGAAACCGUUACAUUCCUUGACACAGUAAACGAACAGUUAAGGUCUAAUGCCAAAUUAACCCUUUAUUGCCUUUUGUAUCAUAUUUGAUACAUACUUUUAUAAUACUUCUAUCAAUCAAUAUGAUCAACAAAUUACUAAAAAAAAAACCUUAACACAGUCCGAUAAAUGAUAAAAAUGUCCUCUUGUGGUUUAUCAGUUUCCAAAAACAUCUGAUGUAUCAAACGAGAUAAAUAAAUAUAUUUGUGAAAUUUUAAGGACAUUUCUUUGGUUUUCAGUAGUAAGUGGAAUAAACAUUUCAGCUCCAAAAAAUUUGAAUUUUCUGGCCAUAAUUUGUGGUUUCAGGCAUUAUAGGGUUAUAUAUUUUUUUAAAAACAUCAAAAGUAGAAAAAAGUCUGCAAAAAUGAAUUAUUCAACGAUUUCCUUCCUAUCUUCAGAGCCUAAAGGGCAAUUCCAGACAUCAGGGUGACGUGCCUGCAGUCUUUUAACCCUGUGAUGGAUGGUUCUUGGAGACCAGGAUGAUGAUAGAGUGUUUGAAGCAGGAGAGAACUUCACACAGCCUGAGAUCUGUUAAAGAUCUGGGUGAAAAUGAGGGCCAGCUGGUCAGCCCUGAGUCUCAGUAAUGGGGGGUACACAUCAUCAGGUCCUGGAGCUUGGACCUGGUCUUCUGCCUCUGAAGGAGAUGACACACCUUCUCUUCACUGAUCUGUGGGCUGGUGGGGGGUCACAGUAAAGGUUGAUGGUUGUGAAAACCUGCAGUAGAGGCCAUUCAGGUCAAUGUUAUCUACAGAGUGGGGGGAUGGUCUUCUGUAGUUGAGUAUGUCCUGCAGGCUCCUCUACACUGACGUAAAGCUGUCUGCUGAAAAGCUGCUUUUCAGUGUCGCUCUUCUUACCUACCCUGAUCUCCUUUGUUGGUGUAUUUCUGACCUGCUUGUACAGAGCCUGUGUCCCCACUUUGGUAGGCCUCCUUCUUGGCCUAACGCAGUUCCCACAGCUUAGGUUAGAACUAGGGUUCAUUAUUGUAUCUGCAGAAUGUCUUGGUCUGCACACACCUGUCCUCACAAAAGCUGACGUAAGGUAUUACAAGGUCAGUGAGUUCGUUAAGAGUUGUAGCUGCAGCUUCAGAAACUCUCCAAUCAGUGCAGUCAAAGCAGGCCUGAAGGUCCAGCUUUGACUCCUUCAUCCAUCUCUUCACAGUCCAGCAACUAACAACAAAAAAAACAGAAACAUGACAUUAAUUCUUCUUCCAAUUUUACUUUACAUAAAAUACCUAUAUUAUUGUUAUGCUCUUUCCUAUUUACAUUUGUAGCUCUAGAAAAAGAUGCCUCAGCUUGAGACAUUUGAGUGCCAUUCGUUACUACUCAUUCAUUUGACCAUCUGUCUCUGCCUCGGCUACUUGAAUACAAAUGAAAGGCUUAGUGGCUGAGGACCAAUCGAUGUAUGAUUCAGUUAGUUGGGAGCAAAUAAAAUGUGGUCAAUUUUUUGCCCUUUGAUAAAUCAGUAGCAAGAAACAUCCACACCUCUCUCUCAGAAAUAAAAGUGUUUUCUAUUCUCAGUCUCUUUGACUGCGCCCCAGAGAAUAGCAGGGCAGUGGUUAAUGGCAUUAUCAGAGGCAAUCACUUCACUGAGGUCAGAGAAUGAGGACUUGAAAGCAAUAAAAUUCUGCACUAUGAGGAAUUAUCCACCAGCACACACGCAGCAACACAGGCGUGCACACACACUAUGAUAUUUCUGUGGUGGUAAAAUAAGGGAAAUCACUUAAAAAUGGAUAAACAAUAAAAAAAAACCAUUUUUUUACCACAUGUGUCAACAGAAGAGGACGAAAUGUACGCAAAUUUUCAAAUCAUGAGGUAAACAUAUACUGUAAUGAAAUAUACAGUAUGUACCCUGGUUCAUUGAAAAAUCACACAAGAGAUCACAGAGACUCACUAGACUAAUAAGGUCGUUGCAAUAGGCUUUCCUUACUGGUUUGAUGGGACGAGACGAAAAUGACGAACAGAGUUAAAAAAAUUCAGUCAGUUAAACGCUAAACAUAUAGGAGCAGCUUCAGUCCGCACGUGCACACACGUGCAGUUUUGUUUUCAUUGACGAUGACGUUGACGAAAAUAUUUUUGUCAACGACAUGUUGACGAAAACAACACUGCACUAGACUAAUAAGGUCAUUGCAAUAGGCUUUCCUUACUGGUUUAUCCAGUAAGAAUGACCUGUCCCCAGCAACGUGUGAGGUGACAACCAAGUCAUGCUAUUGAGGAAGUAUCAAAAGGGAGGUAUAGAGUCUGACCUCUUUGUGUUUUGCUUUCACUUUUGGUGUAGCUGCUGUUCUGUUCAUUAUUUUAUAUGGAAAAAACUAAAAAAAUAAGCUUAAGUUUGCUGGCGUAACUAUUGGCUUGCCAAAUAUCAGCGUCGCAUGCUGGCAUUAGCUUUCAGCUCAAAGUUAGAUUUGCCUCUCAGAGAUAAAAAAUGACUUUACACCUCAGGUCUUCAAAAAUAUUAACAAAAUAGUGUGUAAUUGUUUACAAGGGUGACCAUAUGUCCUCUUUUACACGGACAUGUCCUGUUUUUUGGGGGGCUGUCCGGCCUUGUCUGGCCUUGUCCGGGGGAGUUUAUAAAAUCCUUCAAAUGUCCGAGGUGGACUUACUAAGUUAGAAGCGCAUAAAAAACACUCGACCCGACCCGAAAAACUCUCAAAAUUUUCUAAGCAUGACUCUGUGACUCCGCCCCCGCAUCGUCAUGUCCUCUUUUUGGGGAUUCAGAAUAUAGUCGCCCUAUGUUUACUAUUCACAGUUAAAAGAAAGAAAGUGCCAAAAUUUGCUUUAAUCAAGCUCCUUUAUUUCUUGAUUCAUGAUCUGAAAAACUGACUUGGUUUUGUUCAGAGGGGAACAAAGUCUUUCAGUAAUAGUCCAUGUGUAAAAAUCCCUCACUCCACGCCAUCAGAAGAAGCCACAGCCAGUCAGCCAUGAGGGAGAUGAGGGAUAAACAGGAGUGGCAGAGAAAUCCCUUAGCCCUUGAGGAAGGUGAUAUAUCCAGUGACAUCUACAGAUCAGGAUAUGAUAGCCAAAUGAGCCAUGGAAAGAGUAUGCAAAUCACGGGGCUGCAGUUUGCCAGCAGCCUAGACCCACGCUGUUUCUGUCAUGUUCACACCGCUCUUUUGACAUUAAGGAUUUCAAACAAACCGCAUCUGUUAGACUGUGUGAAACGUUGCCUUUUUCCAACCUUGAUUUACAGUAUCUGUGAAUGAAUAGGUCUUCAUUUAUCAAGAGCAAGCCGCAUUGUGUAAAAAUGUGCAUUUUGUUAAGCUUACUGUAAUCGUUUGAGUCGAAGGAUUUGAGUUGAAGGCCAAAGGGAAAGAGCUGUAAUAACAUAAAAUGUUUUAGUUAUAUUCCGCACAAAUAUAAUAUAAAUCAUUUGCUUUGAAUAACUAAAGAUCCACUCUAAAUACGAUGACUCUGCUCCGUAUUCAUAUUUUGAUGAAGAAUAGCUCUUUAAAAAACUGAAAUGCUGCCUUGCUUUGUCUGCUGAACAACUUAUUGUACUCUGAAAAUAUAUAUAGUGCUUUCAUUCAAAUGAGCAUUUCAAGUUCAGACAGCUGAAAAUUGCAUUCCCAUUACACAGCGGGUAUACGUAUUCAUUUUGCUGCUUUGAUAUGUACUGUAAGUGCAACGUAAUGAUUGCAGUGUUUCUCAUUUUUUAUUCAGAGGAAAAUUUGACUUGAAAUUACGUGAGGCAUAAAAAUCUGUAAAAUAAAGGUGCAGACACACCUGAAUAUCAGAGUUUAUCCUCUGUUAGACACCCCGGAUGCUUCUCAAAAGUUAUGUCUCCACUUUUGUCAAGCAUGUUUACAGAUUUUGCAUCUUUUCAGUCUCAGUUUGCUCCUUUUUUUGUGAGGACUUUUUAAGAGCUGGGCUCAGCAGGAACUGAAAAGAUGGAAGGGAAACAUGCAAUCUGGGCCACCAGUCUGCAGGGUAAACAGACAAAAAACACACACCUGUGGGCAACUUGAGGCAACAAAUUUACCUGAUUCGCACUCUCAACCGUCGACAAAAGAAAGAAAUGCAAGGUUACAUGCAAACUUUUAGUUUAACAGGUCAGAUCAGAGGUUGUAUUUAACAGAAAUGGUCAAUUAGCCAUUAGUUUUAUGUGAUUCUGAAAUCUUGAAGACAUUGCUUGAAUAUUUUGGACGAGUUACAGAGAAUAUCUGAAUGAUAUAUUUGUCAGAGCAUCAGUUAUGAUCAUAUCGCUAUUUGACACCUGCUGAAUGUAACCCCUCUGCCAAAAGGUCUUUGUUUGCAGAAGCCACCUGUUUUACGUCCAUUUUGAUCACCUUUGUUUCUAUUGUAAUUCAGGUUAUCCCUCAUGCAGUAGUAGCAGUGUAAUCUGGGGAGAAAAAUCAGGAUGUACAUACUGACAAUAGAAACAGUGAUAUUUAUUGCCAUUUGUUACAUCAGAACCAUAUGUAGAAAAAAACUAAUAUAGUAAAGUAGGCCUGUCAAACUUUUGUAAGAUUCAGAUGUUAUGUCAGAUUAGUCUUGGAUAUAGAUCGUGUCAGAAACAGACUCCUUGUCUCUGUGUUUAUGUAUUUGUUCUGUGCUUUCUUAAAGGGAGGACGUCAAAGGAGAACCAGAAUCAGUCUCAUUGGCCAAGUGUACUCAGGUAAGAACUCAGAAUGCAAACAUAAAUAUACACCUAAAAUAAGUAAAAAAAAAGAAGCUUGACAGAGAUAACGUGUUUCCUUGUCGAGCAGCCUGAGGAGCUACUGAGCCACAACCAUCCCUGAGAGACGGAAAAAAAACAAGCAAGAGCCUGCCCUGCAAUCCAAGCAACAACAACAACAACAGAGCUGGUAAGUGCAUCUCAGAGUUGUCAAACUCUAUAAAUUAACUUAAUCCAUAAGCAGUGAUACCAACCCACUGAGCAAUAGACCGCUGUUAGACGUCUCUUUCUUUUUUUUUACACCUAAUUUCAACCAUCUAGAUUCUGUACAUUUUUAGACCAAAUUUAGACGUUGCACUUUAACCCAUUAUUGGACAACUAUUUAUCUCUAUAAGUGAGUUGCAUGACUGAUCUCUAUGUACUUAACCAAAAUAAUAAUGAUAGCCAUUGAGCAAUAUACAGUGGAGUAUAGAUAUAGUCCAGAUUCAGACUUGAUCUAAACUUGGUCUAAAUUUAGAAGUCUAAAAAAACGUUUAUUUUUAGACUUGUGGUAGCCUGAUUUUAGACCAGUCGUCGAGGCUACAUUUAGACGUCUAUUGGACCUCUUCUAGACCAAAAAAUGCUCAGUGGGAAUGUUCAAGUCAAAGUAGAAGUCUGCAGAAGUCUUGUUUAUCUUCAAUAGAAAUAUUGACCCUAAUGGGAAUUUUAGCAAAUAAUCAUGGUGUGUAUUGAAUUGUUCAGUUAAAUGUUAAUUUGUCUUUCAGGUAGGUUGAUACAAAUCUAUUACCUGUCAGCAAAAUCAUGUAGACAUUUUUUUCCAAUGUAUAAGUCAAUAAAUCAAUUUCAAUCAGUAAAAUCAUCUUAAACCAUUUUUUGUGUCAGCCUGUUUUUACCAUGUAAAUUGCCCCCUCCUGAUUAGACAAACCCAUUUGUGUGUUAGCCCCUCUGUUGGUACUGUGAUCUGCAAAACCACCUGUUCACUAUACACGGUCUCUUUCAUACUGUAGGUUCUUGUAUAACUGGCUGUUUUCUAUUCAGCAGUAGUUGGACAGUCUUUACAGGAUGAACAGUGUGCAGCAAUUCAUGGAAACAGCACUAUGCAGCUCAAUCAGAGUUGUAGCUGGUGCUCUAUGAAAUGUCACACUAUCAGGGCAUCAUACAUUUCUAUUUCUUUACGUCUCCUCUGGUCUUGCCUUACUGAAACACUAGACCUCUCAUAAUGUUUGUUGACCCAUGCAGGACUCUGCUGUGUCUCAAUUUCAGUCUUGGGAACUUUCCAAAUGAGUUCUCACCGUAAAGAAAAACAUGCAGCAUAAAUAAGGUUUGAAUUUCAGUUAAAUUAUUGCUUUCCGGCAAAAACUCCAAGAGAUAUCUUUUUUUAAAGAAAUAGAUUUUCUAGUUGAUAUGGAUUUGCAUUAAUAUUAAUGCUUCCAAAAAGUCAUCUUCUAAAUCCGUACUGCGGCCCCACUCCUCCUGCUCUCCUGCCGCUCAGACCAUCUGAAUCCCUGCAGACUGCUCUGUUUUUAGCCGAGCUGGAUAGAGUGCGGGGGAGGCCGGACCAGUGGGGAUGUCCUGGUGCAGCCUGUCCUCUGCUGUACGCCGGACUCCUGCACGGCCUUCCCAUAUUAAUCAGAUUUGCCGCAGCAGCCAUAUGUCCGAGCAGCGUGAUAAACCCCGGCUGCUACCUGGCACCCACAGGAUGCACUGUCAACCCAGUGUGUGUGUGUUUAUGUGUGCCUGCAUGGGUGUGUAUUUCACACGUUGCUUCUCCAGAGACGCUCCUUCAAGGAUCUGUUGAGACAUCAAAAAAACACUGUUGGUGUAAAUAUUACAGGUGGUUUAGUGUGUUUUUCAGUUUCUUGAGGAUGCUCAGAGUUUGAAAAUUAAAAUGAAUGAUACCGGGGUGUCAGAUUUCGCACCCAAGGAGGAGGAAGUCAAUUUUGGAACAAGUGAUUUCCAGCCUCGGUGUUUGGGAAAUACAUGCGGCUACGUACGUCACUGCAACAGGAGAUUUGGCACUAUUGACCUGCAUUUAAAAAAGGCUCAUUCCUGUCUCCAUCUGUCACCUUAUGCAUAACAGCCUGUUAUAUAUUUAAAACUCUUACAUAAAUCAGAUCAUGAGGUGUCAUAUAUUUAGGCACAGUGUGUAUCACACUGUUUAGUAACCCUGUACAUAACUCAUUGUAGUAGCAACACUGGUGACACAAAAAGCAGCCUCAAACACCGAGCUUUCUAUUAAAUUUCACAAAAGAAUACAUGUACCUCAAUCCAUAAUUCAUGAUCCACACCUCACAUGAGGCAACACCAACACUUGUCAAAUAUGAUUAACUGUGUCUGUAUCUUACAUAAAUCUAAUUCCUCUCUGUGCCUCUGCCUGUAAAUCUGCAAACAAUCGUCAGCCAGUGUGCUCAUGAGAUUUGUGUUUGAGGUUUGUCAGGUAUUUGAUUGUCACACGCAGGAUUAUUGAAUCCCAAAAAUAAAUUUGUAGGAUGCAGACCGCAUUUUUUAGGGUCUUAUGUAAAUAAAAGUCGCCCUUUUUUAUAAGGAAGGUUCAUUCAAAUGUCUUUAUUAUAAUAAAGGAAGAUGUUAUAGCUGUCUGCAGAAGACUGUAAAGAAAACUCUGUUCAUUUCACUCAAACUGUACAGAUCACGCUUAUUUCAAUGAUCAUGUAUCAAUAAUUGGAUUGGCAAGUGAAGUGUUAUUUUAAUAUCUUCUUCUAUUAUCUUCCUCACAUCGUUCCAUUCGACAAAAAUAAAUAACUGUCCCAGAGAUUAUAACUUUAAGUCUUUUAUUUUGAAAUUCACACCACGCAUGAUUCAUGCAGCUGCAAGGUUUUAGGGGUCAGCUGAGGCUGAAUGCAGAAAACUGUGAGCUUUACAUCAUGUAAUCCACUAUAAUCUCAUACCAGUAUAAAAAGUGAGUGUAGGACACUGCUAAAACUCAAAUCUUAGCAACUGUAUUUGUUGAAUUCUUAGUUAAGAGAUGUCACUGUGCUCAGUAUAAGCAACUUGUCCAGAAAUAAACCUCAUUUGAAAAUACAACAAGGAAAAAAAAGGCCUGAAAUGAUUGUUGCUUCAAGUCUGAUGCACUACUUAAAACUGAAUGAAGAUGAUUCUUGAAAAGAAGUAUUACAUGUUGUGUCAAGAAAACUCAUUAAAUAAUUUCUCUUCCUGCAUUGGCAGUCAUUGUUACACAUUACAAGCAAUUCAAGCCUUUUUAUUCAGAUUUGUCGGCUCAAUAUAACUUGUAUUUACUAAACGGAGAUAUUUUUUAUUUGAAGAUGCUGUGAGGAAAUUUUGGUUAAUAUUAAUAUUGGCGUCCCCUGUGGACAAAGUGAUGCAUCUUAUCUAUUGUUCCGUACAUGUGAAAAUAGUGUUUUCAGAUGAAAAAUAAACCUAUCCUGUCUUCUCACAGUGAAAUGUAUCACCUAUUGUGAGUGGUUGCAAUAGAAAACAAUCCAAAAUGCUGUUUUAACAGUCUGCUAUCAAUCAUCUGGUCUGACACCCACCCCUUUACAGGAUUAGUUACUGCAGUGAAACUAUCAGACUUGUCGCUGAUGGUCGUCUUUGCCUGAUGAGUAUCACUACUGUUUUGAGGCAUUAGUUUCAGUCUGGACCUGUUGGUGAUCAGUUAUAUUUAAAAAAGUGCCCUUAAUAGUAUCCCUACAAAUAUUAAAAUCUCAGUAAGUGUAUUUGCUGUUUUUAGAGACAAAAAUGAUCUCCUUAGACUCCGGAUAUCAGAUUUUUGUACAAUGUUCAGUUUACACCUGAAGGGUUGAAGCUGCAUCAAGCCAAGGAGGCCUACCAAAGGGGACAUGGUCCUGUACAAGCAGGCCAGGAUUUUGCUAACAAAAGAGCUUCAGUGUUGAGAGGCCUGCAGGACAUCAAGAACUCCAGAAGACCAUCCCCCCACUCAGCAGGUAACAAUAGACUGGCUGAGGACCUAAACAACUUCUACUGCAGGUUUUUACAAUCAGUGCCAACCCCUUCAGUUCAAACCUACCUGCACCCCCUACCCCCCACUGUGACCCCAAACUACCUAACCCUAACCCUUUCAGAAGCACAAGAUCAGGAAGGCUCCAGGACCUGAAGGAGUGUCCCCCCUCCUGCCUGAGAGAGUGUGCUGACCAGCUGGCCCCUAUCUUCACCCAGAUCUUAGACAGAUCUCUGGAGCUAUGUGAAGUUCCCUCCUACUUCAAACACUCUUUAUCAUCCUGGUCCUCAAGAAACCCUCCAUCACAGAGUUAAAGGACUACAGGCCCAUCGCCCUGACAUCUGAGAUUGCACUAUGGACACCACAUUCAAUACCACCAUUCCUGAGGUGAAGUCCACCACAGCUUACCGUGCCAACGUCCACCUGGCACACCAGUGGAUCACCAGCUUCCUGCACCACUGACUGCACCAAAGGGGACCCGUAUUUCAGUCUCCUAAAAUUUGCAGACGACGCCACAGUCAUCGGUCUCAUCUGAGAUGGUGAUGAGUCUGCAUACAGAUGGGAGGUGGAGCAGGUCUUCUGGUGCGGUCAGAACCACUUAGACUCAAGACUUAGAAGAUGUUAGUGGACUGUGUAGGGGGAGCCUUCCCGCACUCACUCCCUUCUCAAUCCUCAACAGCCCUGUAUCUGUUGUGGUUCCUGGGAUCUACCAUCUCCGGGGACCUGAGGUGGACCUCCUUCAGGAAAAAGACUCAGCAGAGAUUUUACUUCCUUUGGCAACUUAGAAAGUUCAACCUACCUCAGAAGCUGCUGAUCCACUACUAAACCACCAUGUGUUUGGCAAGACAGGAAAAGACAACAACGGACUCUCAGGUCUGCAAAAAAAAAUCGUCAGGGCCAACCUGCCCUCCAUCCAGGACUUAUACCAGUCCAGGGUCAUGAAACAGGCAGCUAACAUCACUGCAGACCCCGCACACCUGGGACACAAACUGUUUAAACUCCUCCCCUCAGAUAGGUGUUACAGAUCACUGUACACCAGCCGACACAAACGCAAUUAUAUUCCCCCGGCUGUUCCUCUGAUGAACUCCUGAUGUUCAAUAACCUGUAAAUGAACACUAUGGCUGUAAAUAACCAUUUAACUGUUUAUCUAUAAAACCUUUAUAUCUACCAUCAUUUAUAACAACUCACUUUAAAUGAACUCACCUCUAUAAUUCAUUAUAUGACACUUCUAAACAACUCCUCUGAGUGAUAAUAGGCAUUAUAACAACAUAUAGCAAUAUUGUAUGUAGUGCAAUAAGCAGUGAGCAUGAGCGCUUAUAAAUGUAUGGCUUGUAAUGUAUUAUACCUUAAUGCAAUCAUAAUAAUCUAGUAUUGUUGUAGAGUAUUUUUGUCUGACACUUUACUGAUAGCCUCAAAAUAUUAAGUUCUUUCAGUCAUUCUUCAGUGUAUUAACGAGACAUUUUCUGAAGUUAGAAUCAUAGAAAUUAUUUCUUUUAUAAUAUAUACAAUGAGUUCUCGAUGAAAGUUUAUAAAUAAGUAAUAUUGAGUGUGAUAAUGGUUAUUAAACCCAGAAUUCAAAGGACUCUGCUCUCUGCAUGUAACACUUCAUAAACACUCAUAUAAGCUGCUAUAAGAGAGUUGUUAUAAAUCCUAGUAGAUGCCUUUAUAAGGUUAAAUAUAUAUGAUUCAUUAUAAGAGGUGGGUUCGUAUAAAGAGUUAGUGACAUUACUCCAAUUACAGUAUACUUUAUUUGUAAAUUUUGCUUUCAUCGCUUUAUUUUUGCCAUCUUGACAGGAGAUGUUUAUGUGGACUUGUUUGAAUGUGGUUUAAACUCAGUCUUAUUGAAGUAUCUAUUUACUUCCUUAGAUUUGAGUUUUUACAGUGCAUCGUGUGAAAACAACAUGUGCUGCAGCAAAAACACAAGAAAACAUGUUAAUGUGCUCAUAAUGUUGUAGUUUUGCCUUAAUGGUCACAGCUGUAGCUAUCAAAUAUUCCAUUAUUUUCAACAGGAGCCCUGAAGGCAGACGAAUGUUGUUGGAUGACAUUAUGAUUUACUCAAUCAGGCAGGGGUAGACCCUUCUCCAUACUGCCCAUGCAUCUACCAAUAGCCUAUGUGCCCCCUUAAUCUUAACGCUCAAACCCCCACCCACUCUCCUUCCACCCACCCACCCAUCCUCACUCUGACAUACGUCUGAGCAGGACCCAACACCUUUUGUCUUGGUCUGCCUCUUUGUUAGCAGCUGGUGGACAGAGCCGCAGCAAAACGCUAACAGUGAUGACAGCAAACUGCAAGGCAUCAGACAUUUUUAUGUCUCUAAAUGAAGAAGAGGGUGAUUGAAAAUAUGAAGUGAAUGAUUAUUUGAAUGUCUUUAUUGUAAUCAAGAUGAUAAACCUGCAAAGGGAGAUGAAGUGAAUUGGUGAAUUUUUAUUGUGUUUUUUUGAAACAAUUUUUGAUAGUUAUUUAUAUUUAUUUUUUUAUUUAUUGAUUGUUUCCUUUAUUAUAAGGGGGCGUGUUUUAUGUUGCAUUAUCUAUCUAUCUAUCUAUCUAUCUAUCUAUCUAUCUAUCUAUCUAUCUGAUCUAAUGUGAUGUCUGGUUGUGGUGAACAGCAGCAUCAUCACCACCAAAGUGAACUGCAGAUAACCCCAUGACGUGGCACAUACACACACACGCAGUAUGGAAAGCCUAUAUAUAAAAUCUACAGAGCCCUCGUGUUUCUGCUUCUGGUCUGAGCCGCUGAUAAGGGCUUUGCAGGCGAUCUGACUUCAGUCUACAUGAAGGAUGAGCUUCUCAGACAGAGACGUUGUCCAUCCUGCUGAUGCUCCCUCCUCGUCUCAUCGUAAACUCUUGUGCACCCUCUGGUGCUUGCUAGUCUCCCAAACUUCUUUGUGUGUAGCCUGCUUUGCAGAUUGUCUUCCUUGUCUGUGUGGUUGCUCAUUAUUCAGAGACAGACGGAUCUCAGGUCAUCUGCAGCUGCAGCAAAGGAGAAGCAGGAAAGAUGGCGAUCAUCCAUUAGACCGACCGGGCGCACGCAUGAAAUACGAGGACAACUUUUGGGAGGAUCGCUUGAGGAGAAGAUUGUACCAGUGAGUUUUGCGCUAUAUUUCCAGUUUCGCCAAAAGAUUUCGGCUGGGCUUUCAAGGUCUGCGAGAACGUCGCUAUGGUAGAUCAUGGGAUAUUAUUUGGAGAGCGCCUCGUGAAUGACCUGGAAAGAGCUGACCCCCCCUUUCUCCUUCUUCUUCGUGUCUCCUUUUAGUCCAGGUCCCUUUUGGAGAGGAAGGAAGGGAAGCCAGGGCGAGAUUUUUUAGUCGGGUGGGCUCUCCAUGCAGCCAAAGUCAAGUGGGUCUUCUCGCCAGUUAAUAUCCUAACCCAUGUAGCGCUUCCUCGCUAUGUCGCCUGUCGGUUUGUUGUCAAAGUGACACAAGGAAAUGGACGCUUGGCGAUGUUAAAACGAGGGCUCGCCUGCGUGUUUAGCGGAGUGUUUUGUUAUUCUGACAUGUCUGGUCAAGGGAAUUACUGUAACCCCGGCUGUGCAUGCGUUCUCCCCCCCUCCUCUCUCACUCCCUCUCCGGCCGGCUGUGCGUGCGUGUUGUUGCGCGUUAGCUUCAUGGGAGAAGCCAUUGCACGGAUUGCUCUCCUCUCCCAAAGCAAGCCUCCAUUAGCGACACAGAGGAGCUGGCAUCCAGUCACACACACACACACACACACACACACACUCACACGGGCGCGCAUACACACUCACCAUGAAAGCCAUGUCCAGUGUGAGGAGGAUAUAUGUGUUCCCCCCCUCCUCCCCCGCUCCUCAAUUUGAGAAAAGAAACCUUAUCUGGUGACGGGUUUGACUCGCUUCUCCACAGGGUUGGAGCUACAUGUUAUCUAGAUGGUUCUGAAAUGAUUGUAGACGCAGCCCGGCUCCUUUUUACCUUUGAGAUCCUUCUGUUUUGUCUUGGUUUCUUGGGUGCUUAUGGAUUAUACAUUGUUCCCCCUGCUGUGUGUUUGGAUGUCUAGCCGCUGUCACUGGUCUCAAGUCAGGUAUGUCACACUAGGAGGGCUUCACCAUAAAAUGGAGGAAAGCAGAUGAGUCUCCAAGGAGAGCCCUGGAGUCAGACAGGCUGAGGAACAAAGGUUGUGUUCAGAGAAAAUCGCCCACAACUGUUUCUCCUUCUCCUCCUUCUGCUUCCUCUUCUUCUGCUUCUUUUUAAUGCUCGGAAGUUAAGUCAGCCAGAAGAAGAAGAAGAAGAAGAACUGUGAGAAAAGUCAGGCGUUCAAGGUUACCUCCAGACUUAAAACUCCUUAGAAGAACUUGCUGCUUUAAUUGAAAUGAUCUGAAACAGCUUCUCUUGUAAAUGCGCUUGAUUUCUCUUAUUUUGGAGGACCUGCUUUUGUUCUGGAGAAGAUGUGUUUGUGAUGGCUGAGGGACACAUGAAUGAGAUGAGAAUUUUAAUGCUGAAUAAUGCAGUGUUUGGUCUGUGCAGGUAGUUAAUGUUCAACAAAGUGGUCCCAACACCCUCACACUCCCCCCCUCUACUGUGUGUGUGUGUGUGUGUGUGUGUGUGUGUGUGUGUGUGUGUGUGUGUGUGUGUGUGUGUGUGUUUGCUUGUGAAGAGGAGAUAGAUUCUUGGAGAAAGUUCUCACGUGUUACUAUGUUAUGACUGAAUUAUAGUUUCUUUUGUUUGCUUUUUGCACUUUUUGAUGGCUUUAAAUCUGCGUGCUACCUGCAAAAUUAUAUAAGUUUUUCUUGAGUGGCAAAUGCGCAUGGUAUUUUAAGAUUUUAAGUAUUUAUCUGCAGUUUUAUGCUGCAAUAAAAGUUGUUUUGACCUCGCUUUGAGGCGUCUAUUUGAAAAUGCAUCAUUGUGAGACACGUGUGCUGUUUUGAUGUGGCUUUUCACACAUUAUGUCCUUAAGGUGUCUGUUGGCCAGCCUGUCAGAAGAGGUGUGCAAGCAGGAGCGUGUUCCUCCGUGCGUGAGUGUGUGUGUGUGUGUGUGUGUGUGCUACGCUCUGCGGUUCCCCUGGCCACUGUGUGAAAUCUUGCUGACAAGGAGACUGUGAGCUUGACACAGUGUGCUGCGACAAUGCCGAGGCUGAGGAGAGCAAUCAAAAUGGUGGCGAUGCUCCUUCUCCCUGGCGUGGCAUGCAGGGCAAACAGGUUCUCAAGGAGGAGCUGAUAGAGGACGGCCGGGCGGGGGGAAAUCUGCUGCCGUCGACACAUUUGUCUGGCAGACGGGUGCAGUGCAUGUAGUCUAGUGGAAGGUGGAUGUUCUGCAAAUGAGCUCACAGAUUUAACUUAGGAUGUGAUUGUCAUGUUAGCUUUUAUUUUCUGGAGGAAGCUCUCAGACUUUCUCAGGGAUUCUGACACGGCGUGCCGUCUCUGUGCACUCAGACUUCCUGUAGAAACUUUCACAAGUCCCCGACACAUUCUUGACUCAUUCUCAGUUUGUAAAGCUCGUUCAUGCUACACUAGCUGCUAAUCUGCAUGCUUAGGUUUUUCAGGUCAACCCACUGGGGUCAUGUGGGUCAGGGCUGUUUGCUUUUGCUGUGGUGGCAUAAAAGUGGUUCCAAGGAGCAACUUACUCCAGAGAGCUCUGAGUCUGAGGCCUCCAAGGUCUCCACAUUUUCAUUGCCUUGUUGUAGUUUUAUUUUUUUUACAAAUCUGACUGUGUUAAUAAAUACAGAGUGUACUUAGGUCCCUGCACUUCCUAUUUGAUCUUCUUGAGGCUCUGUCUUAAAGACGGCUCUAGUCUUGAAGUUCAAAUCUUGAGUUGAUUAGUUCUGAUUGAUCAACAAAACAGCUGUCAAUGUGCCUGUCAAGAUAAAACACCAAACAUUUGGCCCAAGUUACAGUGUCUUUAAAGUAAGAAAAGGACUGUCUAAUAUUAUAGAAUGACAGAAAAGACUGGACAGUUCUUAAUCACAUUAUUUAGCAUUUAAAAACACCUUUAAGUCCAAACUAACAGUGUAAAGCACUUCUUAGUAGUGUCCCGAUAUAAAAAUCAAAUAAAUGCAAUGAAACGUUCUUUGACAUUUAGAUUUAAUAUUCAUAGAAAUGCUGCACCGCAACAUCAGUGUGGUCUGAAACAGUGAUUCUGGGGUUGUAGUGCUCUAAGUGUUCAUUCUAUGAAAUACAGUUAUUGUGGUUUUAAGGAUAACACUGUCAACACACCUAAAACAGUGCUCAUAUGGCCCUCUGCAGUCAACUAUGGUGCGCUGAAGGGUCAAAAAUAGCAUGAAAUAGUGAAUACUGAAUCAAGGUAACAUGCCAGUUUUGAACCUUAAUCUCAUUGUGAUGAGGUUGUAAACUGAUAGCCUUGGUUUAAGUUCUGUUGUGAUCUUUUGGUAUGUCACUUUAAAUGAAGAAAAACUCUGAUCAACGAGUAUACCGUUGUGGAGGAGUAUAUACCAGGGAUAAAUGUGUUUAGUUGACAAAGUGUUGUCGCCCGAGGGGGCUGGCAAGGUUCGCAUUAUUAUUGGUUCGUCAAAUUAAGUGUUAAUAUCUCUAUUAGUGUGUUGGCCUAUCUCACCUGUAACACAGCCAUCUAACACACACCAGAGCUGUAGCCUCAAUAAUGCCUUUAUACUCUGGCACAGUUUGGCAGUAUGUUAAUCUAGAAAAUAAAGAUCAAAAUCCAUGUAGUUAUAUGUCUGGUUAAACUGGCAUUCAUCCACCCCACUGGAGGAAAACCAGCACUGACACAGAUGUUAAUCUGUAAGGAGGACUGAAAACUGGUGGUGCUAGCUCUGCUAUUGAUAGCCACACUUUGCAAACCAGUUUGACACUGUUGACCUGCAGACACAGUGAUCUCAGGUUCAGCUGUGGGAAAUAAAUUAUGCUUUAAACUUAGAGAAAUUAGUUAUAUCUUAAACAUCCCUGGUGAAUACUUUGUGUCUAAUCUGAUUAUCUUGACCUUUGUAGCUUUGGUUGUAGUUUGCAUAUCCAGGUUUGUAAUUGGAUAUUUUUUUAUCAUGUUUAGAGCGCCGCAAAGACUAUCCAAGCCAAACUGGUUGAAUUGAAUAGUUUAAACACCCUGUUACGGUUCAGCUUUAAGGUGACGGGGCAGAACUGAACCACGGUGGGUACUUAAUAGAGUAGAAUUACAUAACUGGACUAUUAGAAGGUAUUUUAGGAUUACUCUUAAAAAGCUUGUCUGUAAAGACGGAGGAUUUAACAGGAGAGACUUCUGUGAUGGUUUGGCCGCUGGAAGGAAGUGGUUGUGAGGCUCAUCACUCACUCAGAUACUUUUUUUCUGUGUGUCUCUGUCUCGCACUCCAACACACACAUGCACAGCUGCCCCCCCCCCUCCCUGUCUCUCAUUCACUCACUCACAUUGGGUGAUGCACUCCUCCAUUGCACUCCUCCAUUCUUCUCUACCUGGGGCAGUGAAGAAGGCCAGGGAGACGCACAAAAGCAAAUUGAAAUGCUCCAGUGAGUGCUUUCUUGACAUGAUGCAUGGCUCAUGAGAUGCAGCCUGGCCCUGCUGCUACACUUGUAAGUGUGCUGGAACACACUGGCCCCAGUUCAAAACACUACAGUCAUUACAGUGCAGCACAAAACCCCUUGCUUCUUUGUCUUGCAUUUUUUCAGACCUCUUUUUUUAUAUUUCUCUUGUGCAGAUAUUUUGAUUUUAUUUUGAAAGUGUGCCUGUGGUGCUUGAAAAAACUGCAGUGAAGCUUUGAAUAAUUUAAUGCCGUGUACAUGGAUUAAUUGCUGAAUGGCCUAGUGGGCACAGGCUUAGGGGCCCAAGGGGUCAGGGGGCCCAAAAUCAGAGACUCAAGUGUACCUACUUUUCAGGAAGGUCGCUUUUAACAACGCAGAAUGACCACAAACAGACCCAAAACAACAAUAAAGAGACAUAAAUGAAGAAAAAGUGGAGUGAGAGACUAACAACUCUAAAGAGACACAAAAUAAACAAAGAUAUGAUGAAACAAAGUCACGCAAACAACUCCAAAAAGACAUAACAGACUACAAAGAGACACGCAAAGGACUCAGCAAAGACGCAAACAACUACUAAGAGAGACACAAACGACCUCAGGGAGACACAGGUGACUUCAGAGAGACACAAAACAGCAACAAAGACAUGCCAAAUGAUGACUCACACACAACGCACUCUGUAAGGACACAAAGAGGCACAAACAACCUGUACGGACACAAAAUGACAACAUAGAUGUUACUUAAAGAGACAGGUGACUAUUCAGAGAUGCUAACAGCUACAAAGAAAUACAAAUAUCAAUAAAGAUGCGCGAAAUGACUACUUCAAGACACAAACGAGACGGAAGAGACACAAAACAGCUAAAGUGAAAAGCCACAGACAACCACAAUGCAGGAACGUCUUAGUGGCGCAAUCCAACCUUUAUUCGAGAUAAAAAAAAUAUAUUUGACAUCUCAAAAACACAUUUUUUUCAUAUCAGGUUGCUGUCCCUGCCAUAUUGAAACAUAGUGCUUUUUAUUUAUUUAUGUUUAUGGCAUUUUAGUUUUGUCUUGUUUUUAAGAUUGCAGUAACACUGGUCCUUCAAGUGGGAAUAGACAUCAAUCAUUAUGAGUAGAUAAGUCAUUUAGAAAAUAUCCCACAACAAGCAUUAAAACAUAAAGUUAAGCAGUGGGUGUGGAGGUAGAUUGUAAUUACUGUGGAGUUAAUCAAUAGAUAAGAGAAAAUGAGUUUAUGUUACCAAUUAAUUUUACAGUGCUGAGCUAACAGACAAACAACUACUGGAAGGAGGAAUCCCAGAGCACAGAGUUUUUUUUUUUUAAUCUUUACUAAUUAAAUAUAAGGUAGUUCAACCUCCCAUGAGGAGUUUUUAACUAGUUAUGAAACAGGCGUGAAUUAAUACUGAUGCCCCUUUAUGACUUUGGAAUUUAACAAGACCAUCAGGAAGAAGAUUGGCUGUCAGGUGAAACAAUUAGCAGCAUGCUUCCAACAAACAGUCUUUUUUAUUUUGACACUUUUCCAGGCAUAGAUGCUGAAUAAGUUGAUAUAUUUGACUGUUAACAAAAAGGAGUUGGGGGAUCUGUUUGGCUCACAGGUUAAGUGAUUCAUCCCAUGUGGAGAGACUGAAGUCCAGGUUAGGUUGAAGGUGACUUACAAAAUUAAAGCUCCUGUGAGGAGUUUUAUGUCGGUCACAAAAUAGACUGAAAUUAAAACAAGACCAUCAGGAUAAACACUGACUACUAGUAUCUGGGUGGUAGGUCUAAGUCUAUUUGAUUAAUUGCAUGUUUGCAAAAAAAAAAAAGGCAAUUUUCCAUUUUCAAUGGCAAAUGUUUUAGUGUUAAAAUAACACAGAUACAGAUUUUAUAAUUACAAAAAACUAGCAAUGCAUGCACAGGAAAAGAUUAGCAAAGCAAUAUGAGGUAUCAGUUUGUCCACAGGGGGCGCCAAAACCAACCCUGACAGACAGUUCCUCACAGGCGCUUUGAAGUCCAAAAUCAGUGACAAAACAAGAGGUACUGUUUGGUCCAAACUUUAAAGCUUUAAAGACUGAAUAUUACGCCUGUAAUUCGCUGUGUUCAAAUAUUAGGGGUGGGAAUCACAAGUGGCCCCACGACACGAUAUUAUCACGAUACUUGGGCCACGAUACGAUAUUACUGUGACUUUUAACAUUUUGCAAUAUAGUGGGUAUUGUGACACAAAAUAUUGCGAUCGAUACAAUUUUUUCAACUGUUAAGCUAAUUUAGCAUUUGGCAUUCCUUUAUGUUUGUCUUAUUUACGCUGUAUUUUAUUUUCAUGUAGCACAUCUUGCAAACCUUAUGUAUAGUUGUUGUAAUAACUUUCUCAUGCUCUAUGGUGUCACCUUAACACCAACCUCACUGGACAAACAGUUGAUUUUAUUCUUCGAAUUUUCAUAGAUUUGACUUCAUAUUAGCUAUUCGUUUGAAAAAUUGAUACUUGGUAAAUGAGACGAUACAUUGCGAUACUAUGCUGUAUCGAUUUUUUCUCCCACCCCUAUUGAAUAUGCAUUUAUAACUACUACGUUUUGGUAACUUGCUGUGCAGAUGGUCAAAUGACUGUUUUUUGGUUUGAUAAAAGUCUGUUUAGGUAGGUUCCAUGUUACAUUAUUAGCUCCUGUUGGUAGAUUUGAAGUGAGAGUUGAGUGGUUGUUUCUCUUGGAAUUAAAGAUGGUGGUGUAUCAGGUGUAGGUCUGACCUCUUCUCAGCAGGGGUGAAACCCACCACAAAGAAAAACCAAACCGAGGGACUAUAGAUACAAAAGCAACUCAAAGACAUGUACAAAAACCACAAACAGACACUAAUACUGCGAGUCUUUCUGUAGUGUAGGGGGGUGGGAGAGCAUUUAAACAUCUGAGACUUAGUACUGCCGUCUCACGAUCUGCCCUUGGCCGUGUUGCUGGGCAGGCUCUAAGCCUUUUUUUCAUGUCAGGGCUUUGCAACAAGGAAGUGGCUUGCUGGAGGUGUCAUUCCAGUUUCUGUUGUCGGUUGCCACCUCUCAGCGCUGUAAAACUGGUUCCUCCUCUCUGCUUUCCACCAGAACAUCAACAGUUCAAGCGUCACCUUUCCCCUCCUGAAAACACAAAUAGCUCACAGUUGUUUCUGUCCUCGCUGGUCUUUUUCUCUCCACAUAUGUUAAGCAUAUGGAGAGCCGGUAAAUGAAGAUUCCAGAUAUAAAGUGGCUGAGCUGAUGAGACAGUUUGUAUAGUGAGAUAAAUUAAUCCACCUACAUGGUGUGUGCUCAGGUUUCUGCAUUUCUGCUUUAUGUUCUUCUCUAAGAAGACACAGAGGGCUAACUCUGUCAGCCUGGAGCUGCCUGUGGUGGAAAAAAAAAACCUGAAUUCUUUGGAGACGCCCGUUCCUUGGGCAGUGUGGUGCCAUCACACAAGGCCUUCAUUGAGCAGGAACAGGAGUGGUCUUGUAGAAGGGAUCCACUCUGGCUCGGCCUACGAAGCAACAGAGCUGUCCAAGGACGAUUAAAUAUUUAAAAGCUUGGAAAGGAGGUCUCAGUGGUAAGUUAAUAUUGAUGGGUCUCUCAUCUUUCCCGUCUCAAACUUGUUAGCUUGCUUCAAGCGGAUGGUUUGGUGAACCUGGAGAGGAACUUCGGCUUUUCUGGAUAAACUUAUCAGAUGCUUUGAAAAUCGGACCAAUUGACCAUUUUGAUCUCAAUUCUGCUACCAAAGCCAUCUACAUUUGACACGUCAGCUCCUUUUUUAUAUCUCCUGUGUCUUCUUUUGGUCACUCUGAAAUUCUCCAUCCUGUCAGACUUGUAACCUCACCCACUCCCUGUAACUGGAGUAACUGCCAUGUCAGGCUCACAAGGAAGUCAGCAUUGCAGUGUUUUCUGGCAGUUGUCCACUGAGCACCACUCUUAAGAAGCUGCUCAGUGCAUCUCAGUCUUCUGUUAUAAUCUGUCUUUUCUCUGGAAGUGAACUACACUCAGGGCAUUUUAAUCUCUGUAAGGAAAAGGAAGAAAUCAGGUUUGCAGACUUUUGAUGGAGAUGAGUUUAGAGAGUUGAGCUUAUACUGAAAAGGAAGUCUCGAUGAAAUCAAACUUCUCGGUUUUGCUCCUUGAUAGCUGACCCUGUUUUUCAUUCAUUUUUGAUUUCUGAGAUUAUACGGCGUUUAUUCCAGACGGCAGCAGAUUGAUUUGUGUCAGGAAAUGGUUUCCAAGGAGAGAUGGACUCCACGGCUGUGUGGAAUGUAAGGUUUCCUGGAGUGAUUGUCUUUGUAGGGGAAAAAAACACUUCCUGGUUUUACUCCAAGAUCUGUCCUUGGACAUCCUUCACUUGCCCUACUCUUCAGCGGUGUUUAUUUAGCCUACGAACUCUGUUUUUUUAAGUUCCAGGAGAUCUGAAGGAGAAUGUUCCUGCAGUAUGUCUGACUGUGAACAUCUCUGGAUUGUGUGCAGAGCUUCAAAACCCCUUUUUUUGUCUUUUGCAGUCGCCCACUGGGGUAGAGUCCUUGAUAGAUACCAUUAUUGAGAAUGUUUCUCUUCAUGCUCGAGGGAAGAAACCUCUUGAGAAAACCAAAUAUAUCUACCUAUUCAAAUGGUAAAAAUAAUCACGCCUGAGGCAAUUAAUUAAAUUGUGCACUUAAUCAUUUUUAGAUGGAAUAUUUAAUCAUGUUGCUCAGGGUUGCCCCAAGUUUCAUCCUUUAUGUUUUCUCAUCUACAAAAACACGAUUUACCUCCUUCGUUGCUCAUGCAGAGAUAUUUUUGGGUCACCUGUUUUUGAUUAUUUACAGAUAAAGUUUUUAAGGUUUGAACGACACGUUGAGUGAAAGCUCGGCUCCUCAGAUCCCUUCAUUGUCUCCAGCUUUGAAGAAGAGCAGAGCUGCUCUCUAGGUGGCCAUCUUUGCAGAACAAAAAAAAAAAAAAAAACACCCGCACAUCUCACUUCUGCUUUUCUGCCAUGACAGCCAGCCGAGGAACAGGCAGGAGGGGAAGCUGCUGCUCGCUCAGGUCUGUGCUCUUAAAGCUAAACACUUCCAUCUGUGUAACAAGAUAGCGGAGCGAGCAGAGGCAGCUCCAGCAGGACGGUCAAAGAAGACCUUGAGGAGCUUACAAAAUGGUGGAUGGCCAAUGCCACUGACACUCCUGCAUGAUUGGCUGUGUCUCCUUGGCCACAGUGGGGCUGGCUGUGUGAAAUGGAGUCCCUCUUGUGUGUGGAGCAUUGGCCCAGCCUCAGCUCUGAUGCAGAAGAUAAUUCUGUCAGCCCCCAGAGAGAGAGAGAGAGAGAGAGAGGGAGAGAGAGAGAGAGUGGACAGCCAAGUGAGGUGACUAUUCGAGGGAAGGUUGAUCUGCAGACUUCCAGAGAACUCAAACCAUGCAUGUCUGCUCGCUUCCACCUCUCAAGCCCUCUCAACUACAUGAUUCACUGGCUCCUAACUUCUCGUUAUUAAUGGAAUUUUUUCAUUUUUGCAUCAAACAGACGGGCAUUGGCUUGAAAAAUAUAUUAAAAAAAAGAUCAGCUUAGAUGAAAAGAUCCAUUUUUUCGUUUUGUUAACAGGAAAAAGUAGCGCGACUAUGUGAGGGUAUUCAUUAUCUAACCUUCACACUCUACAGGCUUUAGCCGAGGGAUUUACCAGCCCUCUGUUUUUGUUGCUUUGUGAAAAUUUCAAGCUUGAAGGUCACAUAAAUAUCUCAGAAAGCUUGUGAUUAAAAGGUAAAAGCAGGAGUUGUAAAAGGCUGUAAGGGCUGCAUUUUGAAUCAAGUCAUAGAUGUAUAUAUAUUCAGGGCGAGUUUUCACCAUGACAACCUAAAGAUGGCACCAACAUGGAGGUCAGCCAUUGAUCCGUGUCUCUUCCUAAUCUGCUUGGUCAUUAUCUUCUUCGUAAAAGAGGUCAAAUGUUGCCACUAAGAGCUCUGUUUUGCAGUCCUCUUUUUUAUUUUUUAUUUCAGAGGCAACAAUCUAAGCCUUUUGCAAAAACACAAAAGCUACCCUUGGAUCAAGGUUACCUGUUUUUAUUUUCUCUCAGCUCCUUUCAUGUUUUUGGAGCAGCUUUAGAGAAGAAAAAAAAACAUGUAAUUAGAAAGUUGGAUUUCUUUGAUUGGGAGAAGAAAUUGCUUUUCCAGUAGAAAAUAUGGAGAAGAAGAGUGUGAGUGCAGCAGUGAUAUUAAGUAUUAAAGACAGUCUGACUGGGCGGGUGAUGUCAGGUAACCAUCUGUCAGAGGGAGACGGGCUGACACAGUCGCUGUCUGACCUUGCAGUAUGGACGACACACACAUAAAAUAGAAAAUGAUGAUCUCUUCCUGGGAUUAGCAUAGAGCUGCAACUGGAAGCCGAGCUACAGGCCUUCCUUGCCCUCUCUCUCUCUCUCUCUCUCUCUCUCUGUCUCUCUCAGCUUUUCCUUCUCUCUUUUCUGUUUGAAGGCCUCCGUCAGGCCUUUUCUAAAGAGGUGGGACAUGUUCAUUUCAUGUACUGCAAUAACCUUGAUGUCGAAUCAGACUUCAUCCCAGGCGACCAUUUACAGUACGUUACAGGUUCAUGCAUGCUUCCAUUUCAUUAGAUAGAAACUUGUGUUAUUGAUCAGCUACUCUCCAUGCGUGUUUUAUGAUGGGAAGUAUGUACGCUGUUAAAGACGAGUGCACUUAAACUGGUUUCAUCAGUUGUCACCAUCCAUAUCUAAGACUCGCUAUUCAAAAAGCCUCAAUUCACCGUCUGCUGCCUCGUUCUGGUUCACUUAACGUGCAUUUAGUCAACCUUUAAGUCUGGCUGUAAGACAACACGAUCUUCCGUCUUCCUCAAAAUCCUCAGGGGUCGUCUGGGCCCGCAGCGGUGAGGUGUUUCCCUUUAACGCCCUCUGAAUGUGACACGAGUGAAGGUCAUGCUGCAGACAGAUCGCUAAAGCUUGCUGGAUUGCAGCGUCUGAAAGGCUCUGCACCUGUAUUUAACUGUUCUGCGAGACAAUCCGGGAUUAUGGAGUAGGUUUUUUAAAUGUUCUCCAAAAAAAAUUCAACCUUUUUUUUUUUUUUGCCUCAUGCAGCUCAUUCAAUUGAUAGAAAGUUAGAUGUAAAAGGCUUCUUUGCAUUGUGCUUCUGUGCUGAGAAUAGCUCUGUGUGUUAAAUUAUGCUUCCUGAUUGAGGGAUGUAAUAUUCAGUUAGUCCGAUCGAACAAGAUCUUCAAGAAACGUCAACAUGUACAUGACAACAAGGAGAAAAUCUGAAUUUUUGAGGAUGUUCUGUUUUAGAUUCAGAUUAGAAAACCGUUUCAAAUCAGAUCCAAGCCUCUUAUUUUUAAAGAAGACGGGACAAUGUCUCGUUCUUCUGGUCAACCAUCUGUAACAGAUUGUCAUGUACAGAGGAAGUUCUAAAGGAAAACCACCAAGAGCAAGCAAACAGCAAGCUAUAAAUAACUGAGGCAUUGUAUGGCAGAGGCUAUCCAACCAAUCCACAACAUGUGGGGCUUUUAUGUGUCCUGAAUAUCUCUGAGCUGAGGGGCAACUAGAUAAAGAUCGAAACUUCAGACUCAAGUACACACCUUAGAUUUGAAGACGUGGUUUAUUUACAUGAGAGAAUAAAAUGACUUCAAACUAAGAUUUGCUUAUUCUUAUUCCUAAAUCGAUAGAAAAACUCAUGAAGGAUUUUAUUACUGUAAAGAAAAUAGUCGCUAUAAUAAGUGGCCUGUCCUGUAACACUCAAUACCUUCACUGUCAAAGGCUGGUUUCCCUAGUUUCGUGGUUGUUUGACAUUGCUAAACACGGGAUCAUAGAUUCUGCUGACAAACAAUGUCAAAUCUGUUUAAUGUGUAGAGCUAGCACCACCAGUCUAUGGCUCUCCUUGAAGGUCACAUGGUCAAGAGUUCAUAUGCCGGUUUAACCAGACAGAGCUGACAUACAUGUGUUUCUUCAGGAUCACUUGCUGUGUUGAUAAGAUUGUAAACCUUGUAUAAACUGACCGCUGUAUGCAGACAGAGCGAGGGUGUAGCAGGCAAACAUAGAUUUCAGUCUGGGCUUUUUUUCUUCUUCUUCUAAUUAAUUCACCUCUUAAUUUAAAGGGCUCUUCUAUUAUUGCGUUGUUGCUUCAGUGUUCAGAGCUCGUACAUUUCAGACGGGUCUGUGGCUGAAGAUGAAGAAGUGCUUGAAGAAUAUUUCUGGUCGGGGCCAUGUACUCUGGUUAAUGGUUGACCUACUUUUCUGGAUCCCAUAUGCUUCCUGAAACAGAUUUGUUGGCAGAUUAACACCAUGGUUUUUUAGUCAGGUGUACGUUGAAAUUUUGAGCACACUUAGAUGUGUUGCUUUUUGACGAUCUGCUUUUGAUUGAUUCAUUUUUAAUAUUGUGAAGUUUUUUGAUUUAGUUGAAAAGAUUUUGUUUUGCAUGGGAAUAUAAAAUCUCUGCAGUCAGAUCUUUGACCUCCAAGAGUAAAUUCCUGACUUUGGAUGUUUUUAAAAAUGUGCAGCACUUUCUAUUUAAAGGUGUCUCCAGAUUUUUUUUUAGCUUUAUUUCACGCCUUUCUCGUCCCUGCUGUUCCAUUUCUGUAGAUGUCUGAUGAAUGUUGUGACAAAGCGUUCACACUGAACAGUAUUGACUCCUCACAUCUUCUCUGAAAAUGGGCCGGCCCAUUGAUCGGUCAGGUGGGAUCGAUGUUUCAUCUCUGUGUAUUCAGACUUCCUCAAAUGAGCGCUGCCAUUUGAUCACAUCAUUCCAGGAAGCUCCCUGCUCUGAUCACAGCCUGUCAGGAGGGAGGUGACUUUCCUGCACUGUGUUGAUCUUAUCAUUGAAGGGCUGAGAAGCUGACAACAUUGCAUAUCUGAACUAAUUCUGUAGUUACCAACCAAGGAGUUUUUUAAUCGCUGAAGUUUGGAACAACUCACUAAAGUGUGAAAUAUUUCUUUGUCCAACCUCUUAAAUUUAACUACAUCGGUCUUUUCUCUUUCGUAUUCGCACUUGGAGGAUUUGUAGUUCAACUCUUGCAAUUUGAAACAUCACAUUUGCAUCACUAAAAAUUAGAGAUGCACCAAUCCAUUUUUUUCCAAUUCCGAUGCCGAUACAUGGGCUGAGCGUAUCAGCCGAUAUCUGAUACUGAUCCAAUACUACUGUUGAAUGAAUGAACUGUAUACUUUGCCCUGUGUGUGAAGGCAUCAGGCUUGACAUUAGCCUUUUAAAAGAAAGGUAACAAAUCAACACAGAUAUAAAUUUACUUAUCUUAUUUAUCAAUAAAUAACAAAUUGCACAUAAGCACACAGCAAAAGGAGUAAGACUUCCAUGUAAACAUUUAGUGCGGCUGUGUAUGAUAUUAAUUAAAAGAAAAAAAAAGACUGGAUCAGAACGCUGGAUUGGCGUCAAUCAUCAGAUAUUCGAUCCAGUUAAUUUGUCAGUAUCGGAGCCGAUAUCCAAACCAAAUAUCGGAUUAGUGCGUCCCCACUAAAAGUGACACCGGCAGUUUCGCUAUCUUCCAAAAAGUCGACUAAUAAUAAAAAUAUUCCCCACAGCCUGCCCUCACAUCUCACAUCUCACUGACAUUUUCCCCCUAUCUUCUCCUUCAGAGUCCUCUCUUGUUUCUUCUCUGCCCACCAUUAGUAUAAGCUCUCCUAUUUAAUUUCGUACGCUGUAAUCUUCAGUGUCUUCUCCAAAGAAAUCUAACACAACUGGACUGAGCACCUGUGAGAAAAAUCCCUCUAGAUUGAUCUGCUUUUCAUAAAAAUCUGUGAAACCCACAAACAAUGAGUAUCAGUGAUUCACAGCUCUAGUGUACAAUACAAUAUCUUCACUUUAAACGCUGGCCAAAGCAAUAUGAGGCUCUCGUGCAGUGUUGCGGUUGCAUUUGUCAAUAUGUUAUUCCUCUGUGAAGGGAUUAGGCAGCAGCACAGUAUUGGAAUAUGAAGGUCACUCAGGUCAGACCAGCUUUGAACUACUGUUGUUAUCUGCUACAUUACCAACAGAUAAAGGCCUAACCGUGAGCCAACAAUAGUGUAAGCUGCCUGCAGGCCAAAGGAUAACUACAAAACAGAGGUUUUUUCUCUCUCUUUCUGUCUGGGCACCACUCUUCAACUGAACCAGAAUAACUCCCAAUUUGUGUUUUGCAAAAAUUUGGGAGAUCCUUUUUAAUUUUCAUGUCAUGUACAAAACGGGUUAUUUUAAUGUGUGUUUUGAGAGCUUUAUAUGAGGCUGUCUUUGUGGUUGUGUGUGAGAGUAAAAUAUAAAGCCUUCACAUCCUAUCUUAUCUAUUCAGACUCUAAUCUUGCUUCCUGGUUACCUUUUGGCUGAGGUGUGCUCACCAUCAUUAGCUCAACAGAAAUGUACCUUAGACUUUAGCUUUCAUCAUAUUUUACUAUUUUGAGUUGUUUGAACCUUUACUACAUGUAAUUUGUUUUCCUAUAAAACUCAUCAACACACUUUGACAUCAAAUCGGCGUCAAGGUUGAUUUUGUGUACAAACUCACACAUCAGUCAGCGAACAGCCAAGAUUAGCAUUAAUUUUGAAGCCUAUUUCUGGUGAACUGAUGAAUUUUAGUCAUAUCUUCACGCUCUUUUAUCAGUUCAUAGAGACAGACACCAUAAAAUAUCAAAGGAUGCUCACAAGGAUUUGAGUCUAAUGUAACUUUGACAGUUAUGCACAACAAAACAACUUACUCAUCUUGUAAAAUCGAGUUAUUGUUUUUCAUUGGAAAGGCUACUCAGGUUAAGUACGGUUCACUUCAGCCCGACUAGGACUGGUGUGUUAAGAUUUCCCACAGAUGUGGAAGAAGUGACUCAAUUCAGCCUGCAGUCAGCGUCUGUGGUGGAGGCUCUAUUUGCAAAUCCAGGAAGCCUGGCUGGUCACUGUGUCUGAACUGUUUUGUUGUUUUAAUUCAGCAGGACUGUUUUACAACCUGUUUUUGAGAGUUACAUCUAUAUCAGUUUGAACACUACAAGUCUCUGUUUUUUCAAAGAAAUGAAAUGCAGCUUGGCAAAUUGUUUAGAUUGACUAAAUAUCAAUCAGCUUUAUGAAGGGAAACCAAUGAUUUGCUGAGAAAACAAUAUUCGCCAGUUGCAUUUAGUAUUCAGGAUUUACCUGCAGCUGCUUCAUAGUAAAAGCUGGUCAUGGCUGCUAAAACUGUACCUCUUUAAACGGCUUAUAAUAUAAUACCUGAAACUGUAAGCUCUGCAAGUGCUGGUUUCAUAUUUGGUCAUCUUGACCUAAUGCUGAACAACCUUACACCCUCAAAUGAACUUUGUUGCAACAAUCUGACUCAAGUUUACAGAUUUCAUGUCAGGAAGUAUCCACUUGCAUUAGUUCUGUAGAAUUUAGCUGACUUAUUGCAGGUGUAAAGUAUCAUCCGUUUUAAUGUAAACCAUCGCUCUGAUGAAUGAUCUGAUCAAAAGUUUCUAACCAUCACUUUAAAUUAUACAGCACAUAAUGCAAUUAUUCCAGGUAAUAUGUAAAAAAAAAGGACCAGAACAUUGAAUUUGACACACCAGUCCUUUAGUUUUUCUGUUUUUGAAGACUUUCAGUUGAAACUGUUAAACAGAAUGAUUAAAACUUUCAUCCUAAAAUAAUGAUUUCUAUCCUGCUGCUUGACUCAGCUCACAAUUAAAUGAGCAGAUGUCAUUUGAAAUGAACCAAAAUAGUGUUUUAUAUUAAGCACAGUUAAAUUUAAAGAUCUAAAAUAAUAAUUUUAUGAAGCAAAAAGAGGUAUGAACUUUUCUGUGCAUUAAAAUGUCAUGAUGUGUAAAAGAACUCCCAUUAAUAGCUUCACAAAACUAGUUUGGUUUUUAAAAUAAAAACAUACUUCUAACAAAUUUAAAGCUCCUGUGAGGAGAUUUUAGCUGCUCAUGAACCAAAUAGGAUGUUCCUCAUAGGAGCUUUAACUGCCUUGGUAAGCUUAAAAAAAGGCAUAUAAUUGAUUUUAAUCAGAAAACACAAAUAAAUUUAGAGAAACUGUUACAGCAAAUUAUUUUUCACUUUAAAGGAAAAAAGAACAAAAAGAAGAGAAGAAUGAGAACAUGCAAAUUCAAGGAUAUUUGGCUAUAAGAUGAAAAAUGCAGGGAAAAAAUGGUCGCCAGGGGCAAACAUUAUCAUGCAAUUUGUAAGAUAGAAAGUCUUCUAGUUGUUUUUUAAAAGUGUACAUCAACCGUGUAGCUUGAGUCUAGAGUUGAAAAUGAUGUCUGCUAUUGGAUGAGUUGAUGGACACCAAAUUGGUUCAUAAUCCUAGUGCAGUACAGAAUAGUUGUUUCUUUGCACCUACAUGAUCUUUUCCAUGUUUAUGUAUGCAGCACCUCGAAUCCUAUCACUGUCAGGGUUAGUUUCUACAUACAGUAUAUGUCAUUGGGCUCAUUAUCAUAUUUACCCAUUUCCCCCACGAGUAUAUCACUACUUUUCACUCUGAUUGAAUGCAUCUGUUACAGCACCCUGUCAUGAACUGAGAGUUUUCAGUGAGAAAGGCUUUUAAGCGUAGUAAUGUGCCCAAAAUACUGGUGCAUUUUGCCACAAUGCGGAAAAUAUCAGGGUUGUGAAUAGUGAGAGAAAUGAAAGGCAGAGUUUUUGGCAUUGAUAAGCUCCGCACAGUAUCUGAUUAUUAGUUAUUUACACAGAGAGCCGGUGUGCCAGCAUGCAGAAGCUGCUGGUUAUGAACCUGUUUGCUUUGCCACAGUGGGGUGCGGCAGACUUCUUGUCUCUUGUGUCUUCAGUUAUGUACGAUAAAACACUUAGCAAAGAGCUGCGAAAAGUGAGUCCAUGUAACUACACAAACCCUGUAUCCAUUUUAACAUAACACUUUAUAUUCAGCCAAAUCCUUAAAUUUAGGCUAGAUUCUGUUUUUUUAUACUAAAGCUGUGAGAAGUUCUUGGUGCAAUAAUGAGUAUUAAAGACAGUUUUUGUGGCAAACCCAUAUGGGGAUUAUCAUCAUGCUUGCUAAACAUUCAGAUUUGUUUCGGCUGGAGUUUUGUGUUGUGUUAUGAAAAGACAAAGUUCACAGAUCAGGUGUGUUUUAUUGUUUUUUAAAUGAUUAGGGGCACGGCCAGCGUGAUUGACAGGUAGAUAUAUUGUGGAUUUAAGCCAAGGGACUAAAGGCAUAGGUAUAAAUCAUAGACUGUAUAAAGAAUGGACAGAGUCUGCCUCCUCUCUGGGUGAAGCCACUCCGAGAACAGCACCCUCUGAUGGUGGGCUGCAGUAUAGGUCAUAAAUCCCGCCUCCGCCAGCAAAGUUUUUGGAGUUGUGGACAAACUUUAGAAAUUUAUUACACAGAACAUACAUUUUUCUCCCCCCUGCUUGUGAUGUUGACAUGUAGUUAUUGUAGGACUGGUUUGUGCCCAAGUCCUUUUUUUUCUGUACAGCUCCGUUUUUAAAGGUUAUUAGGGGGUUCAUGUUUUCUAUGAUUGACACCUGGUACAGCCUAUGGGCGUUCAGGGAUUGCGUAGCUCACCCGGGGGGAUACGCUGUUUGAGCCGAGCGUCAUCACAGCGACUCUGCAACUGCGCGGCCGAAUGCGCUCAUCGCUACUGCGCAGCUCUGGUUUCAAGGAAGUUGAGAAAAACCCGGAAUUAACGAGAGCUUUUUGGCUUCAAAUCCGUAUACAGGCGGAAGGCGGAACCAGGUUGUCCAUAGUAUAUACAGUCUAUGGUAUAAAUACGCAGAUACGACAUGUCCCUUUGAGCUGCAUCCUUAUGGUAAGGCUAAACUAGCAGGGGCAUCGUUCAUAUCAAAGUGAAUACAUUGACAUUGAAAAUAAAUCACAACCUGCUCAUUGCUUAACCAAUUUUCAUGCGGUUUACUUUAUUGUCAACGCCAAAACAUGUGUUAUUAAUAUAGAUCAUUUGAUGUAAAAAAAAAAAAAAAGUUAAAUCAAAUAUUCUGUAUUAAUAGCACAUGUUUUGGCGUUGAAAAUAAAGUAAACCGCAUUAAAAUCUGUUGAGAAAUGAGCAGGUUAUGAGUUAUUUUCAAUGUAAAUGCAAUGCCUUCAAUGGGAGCGAUGCCCUCACCAAGAUGGCUGCCAUGUAGGCAUGAUGCUCGGUGGACUGCUACAGUGUGCUGGUGUAUCUAGUCCUCUCUAUAUAUCUGUGGCUAAAAGGCCCACCUUAACUCCACCUAUCCACCUAUCUAUCUUUGGGCUUCAAGACUCUCUUUCAGAUUUAUUGGGUGGUGCUACUAAAAAAUAAAUCCAGGUUUUAUCUAGUCUAUGUUUGCUGUGAUACGUAACAUUUGUUGGAAAUGGAUUGACACUUUUCAAGAUAAAUCAGGUCGAUCUAAACCAGCUUGAAAAUGGAAACCCGGUGCAAUAGAAGUGCAGCCAGUGUCUCAGCUGUUGCAUGCUCAUUUUCCUCUGAAACUCCUUGAUCAUUAUUAGGCCGUAGUUUUUUGGUGUGUUCUAUAAUACAGUGUGUGUUAUUUGUGUUGUCGAGCACACUAUCCGAUCUGCUGUGUUGAGAUCUCCAGGGCAGAUGACAUCAGAGGAUGGGCGUAGCCAUCUUGAUCUCCCUAUCUGCUGUUAGUGCAAGAGGCCAAAUUCUCGCUGGUGCUGUGACGCAACGUUUUUUUUUUUUUCUCCUCUGCAGACACAGUGAGAUCUUUCUGUUCUGAGUAAACCUGGCGGAGAAAGCCUGUGGAUGAAGCAGAUCAGAAUUUGAAGUAUUAUCCAAUUAUCUUUGGGCUUUUUUUUUUCCUCCUUAAAACAAAAAAAGAAUCGAUUUUUUUUUCAGAUGUUGUCAUCUCAUCUCUGAAGAAAUCAAUUCCCGUGGCUCUGACUAUCUGCUGGUUUUGCCGAUGUGUUUUUCCUUUCAAAAGUAGGCUGUCAUUCACAAUCAAUGGGUCAUUCAUUAUUGCGGCUGUGCUAGUUCUCAAGAUGCACGUCCUGUCUUGUUUGCUAGAUGAAUUAUCCACAGCCAGGAUGCUCACUGUAUGAUAAUAAUACAACGCAUUGGUGGAUUUCUCUCUCCCAGACAGGCCGAGAUGAUAGCACUAACCAACAGUUAAGGACAAAACCUCUGUACUCCUAAUCAGCUUAAUGCUGGCUUACUCAAAGGCCCUCUUUCAGACAGAGCAGCUGCUGUCAGACCGUUUGAGUAGAGGGUGUGACUGCUGGCACAGCUCACCCAUGCAGAGAGACCGGUUGGUGAUUAACAAAUGUCAGUAGACUUUGGAAUCUGGGGAGCCCUGUCUGAUGGCUUUGUCCUCUGUUGGUCUUCCAGGUGGCUCUGUCAUGCUCCCUGCUCCUCCCACCCUUCCCCUUCAGGGCCAGCUCUCCCCUUCUGCUCCUUCUCUCCUCUCCUCCUCAGGGUUUCGGAGAUAAAGAAGUUCAGACAUGCCACACAUUUUUAGACCCCCUUGUGGAACGUUGUUGGCAGCUCCACCAAAACGCAGUAUUCCUCUUCUCUGACCUGAUCUAUCUUUCUUCGGAAAAAGAGGAUUCAAGCAUUUCCCUGAAAAAUCUCUCAUGAUGUGAGAGAUAAUGUCCCUGAGAAAUGAAAGGAGCAAGCAAAGCAAGAGUGUGAGAUGUUUUCUGCUGAGCUGUGUGGGCAGAGGGCUUGGGUACAUCUGGCGGAUAGAUUUCUGUCAGCAGCUCUCCAGUGUCAGGCCGCCUGCCUUUGAGGAAGAGGAUCAGAUCUGUGGGUCCAUGUUGUGUGCUGGCUGAACACCUAAGUCAGCUACUAAAAUGGCUGCCCUUGAAGCUCAGCUCAGAGGAGGAUCUGAGCAGCUCAGUCACUGCCUGUUAGAGCCCCGGCUGACUAGAUGAAAGCAGCUACACAAUCUCACCCAUUAACUUGGUGUGUCGCAGGGACUGACUGGCUGAAAAGACAGAGCCAUCUCGAAGGCAGAUGGUGCGUGUGUCAGAGGUUUUUUCUCCUCUUUCUUCCUCCCAGUAUUCCUCUCCAAAAGGAUUCUCUUGAUAUCCAUGUCAAGGAACCUGGCAUUAGGGGGUAACUUUGUUCAAAACAGCACUGAACAGCCAAGAGAGCGGGGUGGGGCCCCAUGGUGAGGCUGUAACCUGACCCUGAACAACAAUGGAUCCCCUGGUUGCUCAGGGACAUACUGGCAGCUUGGCCGGCUCACUUUGAGCUCUCCUCGGCUGGCGGGUUGGGUGUGGGAAGCAGGGCGGGAUUCCCAGCUGUAUCUGGCUGGGUUUCACUUGAAAUAUCUGGGUUUUAACAUCAGCAGACUUAAUACGAUAGUAGCGUGAAGGUUAUAUUUCAUUAUGUCUGAAUGAAAGCUGACUGUGCAUCACAAGAGGCUAUUUCUGUUUCACGAGGACACUUUGGGACUUUGCUAAACUGAGUAAAGAUAAAAUUGUAAUCGACCUGUAGACUAUUUGGAUGGAUGCAUGGAUGACACUUAAACUAGCAAGAUCUUCCUUCAACACCUUCUGAAUACAGCAACGUUUGAUGUGUGAUGUUAGCGGCUAAUAUAGCUUAAUGAUUCCCGCUACACCUACUACAUACAGCAACAACUACAUUUUAAUGCCAAACCUCUUAAAAGAUGAGUUAAAGGGAUCUUGCGUAGUAAAAUAAGUUAGGGUUAGGGUUAGGACACCCAUGUUUCCGACCGCUUGCUUCUCUAGUUAUACGAACUUUUGUAACGACCGCAAAGCAAUACACAGAGCCACACGCUCAACCAAAAACGCCACUCUAUAGCUGCAAAUAAUGUUCAGAACAGCACCUAACUUCAUCAACAGUACAUAUAGGGUCCUAGCCAUAGCACUAGCCACCAAACAUCUUUUAAUCUUUGCCUGAUUUCUUUAGCAAAGAGACUAAACACAACUUACCUACUCUCUUCCAGCAGCCGCUUGUUUGUAGCGAGACCUCGAACCAGUCCAAUGUAGACUACAGCGGGGUGGCACAGCUCAAGGAAGAACAUUCAUGAUCAUUACUUUAUCAUUUCCUUGAAGUAAUAAUCAUCAUAUUAAUCAUUUUGCUCUACAGACACAGUAGUUCUUCUGCCUUAGUGUCUCAGUCUGAUUGCAUUUCCAUGAAGUAAUGAUCAUAAAUGUUCUUCCUUGAGCUGCGUCACCCCGCUGAAGUCUAUAAUGCACUGAUCUGAGGUUUCUCACAACAACAGUCAAACUAACAGCGACAAAAAAAUCCCUUUUACUAAAACGAAGAACACAUAGCAAUGUGAUAAAUUUUCCCUGCAUGUCAUUGGAAAUAACAGAAGUUAAGUCUUAAACAUGAUAGUACAGUGGAGUAAAAAUGGGUGAAGUGGGCUUCAGAUUUGAUGUCUCCAGCUUCUUCAUCUAUGAGAACAAUCAGAGCAUUGAUGACACUCCCACAUCCUCUGGUGGUGUUGUAGCAGGAAUAUAAGCAGAUGACACUUUUUCAAGAUUGUAUUCGGUCGCAUUCUCAUCACAAAUCAUAAUUUACUCUGUUAUUUAUUUAUUUAUUUUUUAUUAUGAUCUGGAUUUAUCUACGAAGGUUAAUCACGCUUACUGUGUGAACUUCUAAUCCUCUGUGAGUACAUACUCUUAACGGAACACAAACAAAACUUAUUAGAAAUGUACAUUUUCUUUAUCUUCUGCAGUAACACAUAAUUACCCGAUAUUCAUAACCUCGAAUAUAAUCACACCAAAGGGAGGGAAAGUAGUUGAAGUAGGUGAAGAUCCUUGAAUGUAUACUUCAUAGCUCUUUGAACUUUUAGCAGAGUGUGUAAUGCAAAUUGAAAUCAAGUUUUCCUCUGAACUGCUUUAAAGAAAAUUACUGCUUUAAAGCUGCUCCAACUCUGUAAAAAAUGAAGCCAAUGUCAGUUAACUUGAGCCAGAACCAGAAUAAACUCAGACAACUGAGUCAGGUUUAUGCACUCUUAGAAAGUAGCUCAGUGUCCGAUAAAUGUGUUUUUCUUUUGUAAAAUGUCCGGCAUGUUGAAUUUACAGAACUUUCAUCCAUGCUAACACAAUUGCAGUCUAAGGAUGUAGAAGUUAAGUCUGCUACAUGAUGACUCAGUACCCCUCACUUGAUCUAAUAUAACAUUAUCUUACAGCUGAAACACUGAUCCUGUCUUUAGUCUAUGCUGUAAGGCAACCGUCCGCCAAUAUAUAGAGAGAGAAUUUAUUUUUACAUGAACAACAAUUAAACAGUAUAAAUUAAGGACAUAAACACACAAAAAAAACAUUAAAAAAACAAAGAAAACAAAACCAGAGAGUCAAAUAAUUUUGUCAUUUGCUUGUUCAAAAUGGAGAGGGAGGAAGUCGGAGCUUGUCUGGUCCCACCCCUUCACCUUGCACGAAUCAUCGGUUUUUAAUUCACCUACUUCCAGUUAAUAAUAAUAAUAACAAUAAUCAUAAUGAUAAUCAAAACAUACACAAAACAGCCAAAUAAUAUAUGAAAACAAAUAACUAAUGAGGAGAAGAAUGAAUAAAUAAAUGAAUAAUAUCUGAAUGUAAACAAAUGAUGAUGACAGAUAGCUUCUCGCUCAGUGGGGCUUUGUUUGGUUAAGCUGGCCUGUGACCCUUGAGUUUAACAAUGCACAACUAGCACAGAUAGUAAGUGGAUUUUAACCUGCAGGAAGGACUGGAGGCUGCUGAAGCUAGACCUGCCAGCAUUUGCCUGACCAGUUAGUUGUUUAGCUGCAGACUCUGAUCCAGCGCUGAGCUGUGAGGUAAAUCGUGUUCAGUUUUGACUUUCAUCAAAGUGUUUUCUUACCUAUUAGACCUGAGGGUUAGUUGGAAUUAAAACAGCCAGUAAUUAAGUCGCCUUUUGCUGCCCCCUCCAUGUUGGUUGUUUCUUGGUGUGUUAGCUUUGGAUUUGAGCAGUCUGGAUAUGAAUGGAGGCUCUGUUGAAAAUCUCAGCUUUGAAAACUCACAUGUGCAGUCUUGUAGAGACUGGGUCACAGAGGUGCUCAUUCACUUCCUAUUUAGUGUCUGUUUCUCGUCCUCCUUUAAACUGGUUUGUUGAAACAUAUUUAAUAUGUGCUGUUGCAUUCCUGUAUGGACUUUUGUUCUCUUAAACGUUUUAAAACUUGAUGCACACCUCCUGAAUAAUAACAAUUCAUGCAGCAGAGGCAUGAUUCAGCUCACCAAAGAAAUUUUAAACUUUCUACUUCCCUCACUUCAAGUAUUUAGCCACUGAGCUUCAGAGAAAGUGUGAAAGAUUUGUAUUGAUUGGGUUUUGAUUCAAAAGUCAAGGUUAAAACUGUGCCCUUUAACCACCCAUCUGAAAACCAGUGUGCUACAAAUCUUGUCUCUGAUAUUAUAUGGUUUCAAGACAAAAAUGACAAUUGAUUGGAGCGCCAUGAUGAAAGAGCCGUGAAAAGAUGGCAACAUCAUCAACAUCCAUUUCUCAGGCCAAGUCAAAGCUGUUGCAGAGAAGCCCAGAGACAUAAAACCUUCAUCUCUCCGUUGAUUCAUUCAAUCUUAUUUCAGAGCAGUUGAUACAAUCAGAUGGAAUAGUCCGCUCUAAAUACUGAGCUGUGGAGCUGCUCUCCAGCUGUUGCUUAUCCCAAGGUAAUAAAAAUGGGACAAAUCAGCCCAUAAUCCCUCCUCGGUCCCUCCAUUGUUCUUGGAAUGAUGUUUUGCUUAAAAAAUUGGGACCUUCUUAGUAUUUUGAGUAACAUCAGGCAUCUGCUGAAAUCUCCAGUUUGUCAUGUUUUGUGAGGCUGGUGAGCAGCUCCGGGUAUUUCAGUGAUUGAAGAUGUUCUCAUUUUUGUAUGGAUUCGUCAGUCUUUACUCAUGUGGUUAGAUCUUCACAAUAAACCUGGACCUUUGUUUUGUUUUGUUUUACUUUGAAUUUAUGAUCACGUCCGAGUCUCGUUGCUUUAAACUUCAAAUAAUUAUCUUUGUUCAAAAUUUGACUUCAAACAAGAUUUCUUAUUUGUUUAUUUGAUUCCCUCAUAUGAUUCAAAUCCCAUCCAUUAGAGGUCACUGAGGGCUGCAUCCAAUCCCAGCUAUCAUGUGGUGGAAGGCAGUAAACACUCCAGUGGUUCCUUUAGUGUGGAAAAAUGAAGCCGGUGCUCGAAGCUGCAGUUCCUUAAGUGUCAUACUGCAGGCUGGCUCCAAAAACCAAUAGAGAGCCAUUAACACCCAUGUUUAAAUACCGAUUAUACAGCAUAAAUAAGCAUGUUAACAGCCUGGUGCAAAGAUGAUCAAGGUCUAAAUAGGCCUUUUCUUUCUAUGUUCACGCUGUUUGCGCCUCAGCUCUGCCUCUUUGCCUCUUGCUACGUUGAUUAAAACCUGAGUUGAGUUAUUAUUUCCAAUAUUUCUACCAUCGUUGGGCUUUAAAAACCAGUGGAUAACAUCACCAUGCAUGUCCAUGUUUCAUACAGUUGAUGGGUGCACCCAGGAGAGGUUAUCAUCUAUGUCAGGGCUGGUUUAUAAAGACAAAUAAACAGAUACGCUCACACUCACACUUACAGACAAUUUAAAGUUACCAGUUAGUCCAACAAUUUGGGGAAAAUUCAGAGUACCUGGAUAGACGAGAGAACGUACAUGUUUUACACAGAAAGACCCUGGCCAGCAUUUAAAUUAAGCACCUGUGAGGCAGAAAUGUCAACCAACACAGCCCUAAUCCUAAUCCAUAAUUAAAACCACUAUCACAGAAUAAAUAAACACUGUAUGCUGGGUCUGAAUUAAAUAAAAUUCUAAUCACAUAAGCUGUAUACAAUCCAAAACGUCGUUUCUCCUCUGCCAGAUUCACAACAAGGUCCCCCUAUUAUUGCAAAUUAUUGCUAAUGCAGCUCGGACACCCUCUAAAAAGCAGGCAAAUGAGGGAAGAAGACAAUCAUCAAGAGCAUUUAGAGGCUUUUACAUAUUUUCUGGUCAUUGUCUCACUUGGUAUGCUCAAAAAAAAAGGAAAAAAAGAUCUUGGACCUGAUUAUUAUUUGUUCAAAGCAGGAAUUGCAAUCAGUGAUCGUAUGAGAUCAUCACCGAGCUCAUUUUUAUGGGAGAGCAUGUUCACUACUAAGAAUGCUGAAGCAUUACAAAGGAUAACAUCAGUCCUGAAGUCCUGAGUUGACCUCAGUGUUCAGCUUUGUAGUAGCUCUGUGUAAGAGUGUCCAUGGUAUAGUGAAUGCACUGUAAGCCCAGGGACAUUUAACAUGAUUCUCAACCUUCACUCUAAUAUUUACUCAUAAGUAAAUGCUGCAUGUCCUAAUUUUUUUUUUUUUCAUCUCCUUUUUUCUGCAGGUUUCCCUGAUUUUCCAGGGAGUGCUCCCUCUUUCUAGUGAUGGAGGUACUACAGUGUGAUGGCUGUGACUUCCGUGCGGAGUCAUAUGACGACUUGAAGACCCACAUUCAGGAAGUGCACACUGUUUUCCUGCAGCCAGCAGAUGCCGACGAGUCUGACUCUCUGAAGGAAGAGGAUGAAGAAGAGGAGGGAGAGGGGGAGGAAUGUGCGGACAAGGCAGACAAGGAUUGCUCGCCCCCAAAAGCUGACAUGAGUAUGCUUAACAGAUAUGAAAGAUGUUUCUGCAGUUUCAAAUCUCUUUUUCAUCACAAUAAGAUUGUAGUGAGAUGGUUGUAUAUCUCAUGAAGAGCAUAAACACUGAUUGAUUUUUGAUGGUUUUAUUUAAAUUAAGAGCAUAGAGUUUCCAUAAUAGUGUGAAAUUAUAACCUAUUUCACAUUUCCAGCUGAUAUCUUAUACGUUUCUCUUCUUUUUUAGGCCCCAGCUCUGCUGACAAAACCAUCGCAACAUCACAAAAGGAGACGGCUGAAACUCAUCUGCCGUUUUACCAGUGCAAGUAUUGUGUCCGUUACUUCAGAUCACAAUCAUUCUUAAGGAACCACACCAAAAAAGUGCAUAAUGUCGUCGAGGAAGAUUCGGACGCAAGCAUCUCCUCGCAAACAGCAAAUCAGCCCAGCUACACAGUGAUAAUGCACAAGGACAAUUCAAAAGUGUAUUCCUGCCAGUAUUGCACAUACAAGUCUCCACGCAAAGCACGGAUAUUGAAGCAUCAACUAAUGUAUCACAACAAAGUCCCUUUAGAAAGUGGUUCUUCUGAAUACGCUGAGAUUGGAGAGAAAUCUGAUUCAGCCUCUGGACUCAUGAAGGGAACAUUUGCUUGUGAAUGGUGUGACUAUCAGACUGACCAGAAGGACAGCUGGACUUCUCACGUGGUCAAAGAACACAGUGACAAGGUCAAAAUAGUUUCCAGCAUUACAGAGCUGGAAGGGGAGGCGGGUGAAAGCUCGCCCAGAUCAGAUUCUCCUUCUGUGUCCCAAAGCCAGAAUCCAGUAGUUGGUGAUGGAGGCAAAACAGGUGAUCCGGCUGAAGAAACGUCAAAAAAUUCUUCGGAGAAGUCAGCCCCAGAGAUCUCAUCCUUUCAGUUUGCACAGAUUAGUGCUGUAACUCCCAACAGCACAGGCUCUUCCAUUUUGGGCAAGAGGUUUGCUUCAGCUGAUGUUCCAAACAGUGCCAUCGAGGUGGACUCCAACUUACUCAACAAUGAUGACUCCAGGAGCAGUUUGGAGGACGAUGACGAUGAAGAGCUGGGAGAUAUCGAUGAUGAUCCCAGCUAUACUGGGACUCUGUCGGCGGAUGCAAAGCAGCUUUUAACUGAUGAGGAUAACAAAUUACUGGAGACUAAAGGAAUACCGUUUAGAAAGUACAUGAACCGGUUUCAGUGCCCCUUCUGCUCCUUCCUUACUAUUCACAGGCGGAGCAUCUCCCGACACAUUGAAAACAUCCACCUCUCCGGUAAAACCACCGUUUAUAAAUGUGAUGAAUGCCCGUUCAUUUGCACCAGCCCUCUUAAACUAGGCACGCACAAACACAGCCACAGCUCCUCAGACUUAGAAACCUUGGACUUAACAGGGGAUAGCCCAGAACCUCAGAAUGACACUGCUGCAGAGCCAGUCAACGGGGGCAACGUCACCUCCAAAGUCAACGGUAAAAAGUUAACCAGCACACCAAAUGACCAGCAGAACCCUCACCGCUGCUCGCUCUGCAGUUUCUCUACCACCACCCUGAAAGGUCUGAGGGUUCACCAGCAGCAUAAGCACUCCUACUGUGAUGACAUUGACUCCACUGUCUUUGAAAACCAGAUGUCCGACCAGCCAGACUCCGAGGUGGAUGCUUCUCCAAUUUUCCUCCAAAAAACCCAGACCCCCAUUUUGGGCCUUGCCACCAAAAAGCCCUUAGCUACAGGGAAAAGAGCCAGGAAAUCCAUCAAUGACCUGCCUUUGGAUUUGUCAUCCGUUAAAAAGCGAACUAGAAUCGAUGAAAUCGCCAGUAACCUUCAAAGUAAGAUAAGCCAAAGCCAACAGGACAUGAUCAUAAACCUGGACGAGAUGGAUGAUGAAGAGGCGGGAGAAAAUCACGCCAGUGCUGAUAAAGAUAGCGGAAUUCUUGACGGACAGAACCCUGUCUUUACGUUCAACACACAACAGCUCAAUGCAAGAGAAUCACUGAUAUCCAACGAGGGGGGCCGAAUUGGAAAAAGGAAGAGCAACCCAAAGUCGAAACCUAGGAACAUCCCUUUAUCCCUGACUCUCUCGGAUGAUAGCGAAAACAUCUCCGUUGACCCAAGUGAUAGCGCUAUCCAAGAGAGCGCCGAUUAUUCAGAGGAGCCAGGAACCGCUCGUUUCUACUGCAAACACUGUGACUACCACAACAAAUCAGCUCGUAGCGUCAGCACCCACUACCAGAGGAUGCACCCUUACAUAAAGUUCAGCUUUAAGUACAUCCUCGACCCAGAGGACCAGAGUGCAGUCUUUCGCUGCUUGGAGUGCUACAUCGAAUACACCAACUACAAUGAUCUGCACCAACACUACAUGGAUCACCACCCUGAAGCGAGCAACGUGCUGAACUUUAACCAACCAAAUCUGGUAUACAUGUGCCGCUUUUGUUCGUACACGAGCCCCAAUGUCCGGAGCCUGAUGCCCCAUUACCAAAGAAUGCAUCCUACAGUAAAGAUCAACAAUGCUAUGAUCUUUUCCAGCUAUGUAGUGGAGCAAUCCCAUAAAUCAAACGAAUCGCAAACCCUGAGGGAGAUAUUAAACUCUGGCCCCAAGAAUUUUAACUCAUCUUCGUCAACCUCCAGAUCCUCCUCCAGCCCGGUGCUUAAAACAGCCCCCAAGACCCCUGAAGUCAGCGCUGAGACAGACACUUUGAAAGAAUCAAUGGGGGGCAACGUUGUCGUCUAUGAUUGUGACGUUUGUUCUUUUGCGAGCCCCAACAUGCACUCCGUUUUAGUUCACUACCAGAAGAAACACCCAGAGCAGAAGGCGUCUUACUUCCGUAUACAGAAAACCAUGAAGGUCAUCUCUGUGGAUCAACAGCAGCCUGUUGCAAACUCUACUUACAAUCUCAACAUGGCUUCACCUCCGAAACAACCGAACACCGCACUGUAUGGAGCAGAUGAAGAGAUGUACUACUGCAAGCAUUGCGUGUACAGUAACAGAUCUGUUGUUGGUGUGCUGGUACACUAUCAAAAGAGACACCCAGAGGUGAAGGUGACGGCGAAGUACAUCAAACAUGGCGCUCCAACGCCUGGCUUGAUGAAACUAAUGGAUGAACUGCAAAUCGCUGCACCCAAACAGUUCUUAAAGCAGUUUCAAAACAACGGACACGAUGGGUCCAAUAACUCAAGCCCUAAACAAGGAAGUGGCGAUAAAGGUGAGGAUGAGUUGUUCUUCUGCCAGCACUGUGAUUAUGGCAACCGCACUGUCAAAGGAGUGCUGAUCCAUUACCAGAAGAAGCACAGGGAAACAAAGGCCAACGCCGACCUCGUGCGUCGUCACACUGCCGUCGUCCGGAGUCAACGAGAGCGCGCGCAGAUGGUUCAGUCAAGCAGCGUCUCUUCUGCUGUGACCCCUGCCCCUCCGGAUCCUGAAAACGCUACAGCCCUGCGUUCCCUGAAGUGCAAACACUGCUCCUACACAUCCCCCUACAUCUAUGCCCUGAAGAAGCACCUGAAGAAGGAGCACCCAACUGUGAAAGCCACAGCCAUGACUAUUCUACACUGGGCUUACCAAGACGGCAUCUUAGAAGCUGGCUAUCACUGUGAGUGGUGCAUUUACUCCCACGCUGAACCCCAAGGCCUGCUGCUCCACUACCAAAGACGCCAUCCUGAGCACAAUGUGGAUUACACAUACAUGGCGAGUAAGCUAUGGGCUGGCCCGGAGACGACCCAACAAGGAGGUAAUAUGGAAACUAAGCAUUACAAAUGCAGAGACUGUGCCUUUGAGGCCUGUUCAAUAUGGGACAUAACAAGUCACUAUCAGGCGGUCCACCCAUGGGUUAUAAAGGGCGAUGAAUCUGUGCUUUUGGAUAUCAUCAAAGGAAACGGUUCAGCUGAUAAGAUCCACUCACAGGUUGCCAAAGAACACGUGACUUUCAAUUGCGACUCUGCUGAAGAUGAUGGAGCUUUUGUCAUCGCCACUCCACCUCAAGACGGCAAUGCUCAUCCUUCCCACCCACGUCUUUCCAUCUCUAACAAUCCAUAUCAGUGCACUGUAUGUCUGUCAGAGUACAACAGUCUCCAUGGCCUCCUCACCCAUUAUGGAAAAAAGCACCCAGGCAUGAAAGUAAAAGCUGCAGAUUUUGCACAGGAGGCAGAUAUCAACCCCAGUUCUGUGUAUAAGUGUCGACACUGUCCGUAUGUGAACUCUAGAAUCCACGGUGUCCUUACUCACUAUCAGAAAAGACACCCUUUAGUGAAAGUCACUGCAGAAGACUUUGCAGAUGAUAUAGAGCAAAUCGCUGACGUAAAUGAAGGGGAAGACAAGUGCAAAACUCAGAGGCAGGGCUACGGUGCAUAUCGAUGUAAAAUGUGCCCAUACACACACGGGACACUGGAGAAACUCAAAAUCCAUUAUGAGAAAUAUCACAAUCAGUCUGCCUCUGAUAUGUUCACUCCCUCUCUGACAAAUUUCUGCCCAAGUAAAGACACAGAGCCGAUAGCUGAAUGCAGUACCGGUAAUAUAUCAAGCACAGCAAAAGUCCAGGAGGUCAGUGAGUUGGACCUUGCCCUCUCCCAGUUACCCAUCAAUAAGACAGAGAAACAUGCUGUGUUCAAGUGUCAGCUGUGCAAAUACUUCUGCUCCACCAGGAAAGGGAUUGCUCGCCACUACCGUAUAAAGCACAACAAUGUGCGUGCCCAGCCAGAGGGUAAAAACAAUGUCUUCAAAUGUGCUCUGUGCUCAUACACCAACCCUAUUCGCAAAGGCCUGGCAGCACACUACCAGAAGCGCCACGAUAUCGAUGCCUAUUACACCCAUUGUCUGGCUGCUUCGAAGACCUUGAGUGAAAAGCCUGUUAAGGUGAUAGCACCCCUGCCUUCAGAGGGGGAGAAUUCAGAGAUGAGUGAAGACCUGCGCUUGGCCGUGGAAAGACGGAAGUGUUCACUCUGCGCCUUCCAGGCUUUCAGCAGGAAGAGCAUAGUAUCACACUACAUUAAACGCCACCCGGGUGUCUUCCCCAAGAAGCAGCAUGCUAGCAAGCUGGGUCGCUACUUUACCGUUAUUUAUGCCAAAGAACCUGAUAAGAUCGCUGUCAAUCUGAUGGGAGAGGAUGACAAAGAAGUGUUGGAAGUCCCGCUUGAAUCUGAGCAGGACGGAGACGAUGAUUGGCUGCCUUUCAAGUGUCUAAAAUGCUUCCGGUUGUCCUUCAGCACAGGCAAUCUGCUCUCUAUGCACUACAACGACCACCACAGCAUUGACUUAAAGAGGGACUUUGUGGUAUCAGAAGGUGUCGGGGAUGAAGACUCGGAGUUGUACCAGUGUUCUCACUGUGAGCUGAAGUUCCUGGCUCUCCCAGUUUUGGCUAAACAUCUACUGAACCACAAUGAGGAGUUUCAAAAGAGGGCCAUGAGGCUGGAGAGGAGGAGGCAGCUUCUCAGCAAACAGAAAACUACUGAACUACCUGAGAUCAAACUUGAGAAGGUGAGUGAAGUAGAGUCAUCAGUACACAUUUGAAAUGAUAGAGGCGUAUUUUCAUACCUUAAGAGUAACUCUGUCCUAUCUCAUCAAAACAGCUAAAAGUAUGAAAAAAACACAUGGAAAGUGAUAUAUGGAAACUAAGAAGGGAGUGUGUAGGACACUUUUUAAACAAAGGAGAAAAUUAAGGAGAAAAUAAGGGAUGUAUGAAACGAAAAAACAUCAUUAUAAAGCGGUAUGAUCACCAAUAUAUCCUAAGAGAGAUAUCACGGUUGGAAAACACUCAUAUGGUUGUGAGUGUUUCCAUUUUAUUAACAUGUUGUUGUAGAGCUCUCUUCAAUCAAGAAGUGAUAUGUCAGGUUUUAAAGGUACUAUGGGGAGUGUUUAAGUGGUUGAGAAACAAACUGAAACUGAUGCAUCUUUAUGAACUCAGGAAGCAAAUGUUGAUAAUUUCUCUGUUGAAACUUUUCAAGUCUAAAACUACUCUGAAGGGGGGAGGAGUCUGACCACAUGAUUGAGAGCAGGUUAAACAAACAGCUUUGAAAACUUUUUUCACAGUAAAUACUCUCAGUGAGUGAUGCAUUACUUUCAAACAACAGUAGCUUGAGGUUUUUGGUCUAAAAACACUCAUUUUACAUUCAGAGGACAAUCAAUAAGAGGUAUAUCUUUGUCCACAGGGGGCGCCAAAAUCAACACAAACCAAAAGUUUUUCUUAGCUACUUAAUGUCAGUUAUAACAUGCAGGUCUAAGUUUGAUAUAAGGUGUAAGCCCAGCUUGCGCACCUUAACCAAGAUGGUUGAGACAAUAGCGGUAACAGGAGAACAGUAUUACUAUUGUACAGUUAAAUUUUAAAACAAAGCAGCAAAACAAAACAAAAAAACUGACAGUGGACUUUUUUUCCCACCUUUCUUUUUCUGUGAUCAGGAGAAUCCUGCAGACAAAGCUCCCAUCGGAUACAGGUGUAACUUCUGCGUGGAGGUCCACCAAACCCUUCGAGCCAUCUGCAACCACCUUAGGAAGCAUGUGCAGUACGGAGAGGUCAAAGAGGGACAUGUCAAGGUAAACGGAGUUUGGACAGUUUCUAAUCAAAACUUAUUUUGUGUUUUUUUUUAUUGUGGAGUUGUUACACUUCAACAGUCAUCACACAUCCGCUCUAUGAAUUUUCCUGUGUUGUGAUCACACAUGUUCCCUCUGAGUUUUGUAGUUGGACGCUGUUGUGUUCAGAUGGCAACAAAGUGUCUCUGCACAUUAUUUAACAGAAGGUUUCAGUCUCUUUCGUCUCCUGAAAUCUGUAAGGAGUUUGUUAUGAAGUAUCAAACACAGUUCCCGUGCUCUGACAAUGCAAGUGUUAAAAACAGUGGUUUAAUCUAAAUGUUUCUAUUCUUAGAGCAUAUUUCAUAGAGGAUAUUAGUCUGUCAGGAUACACAGGUGCAUUUAUUAACAAAGCAGCAAAACUCAGCAGAACACCAGAGGUAGGAUACAAAUAUCAUCAGUCCCCACCUGCUCGCUCAUGGUGAAAGGAGAUUUUUCUCAGUACUGAUACUAUUUAUCAUAGUUAGAGUUGCAUUACAGAAUUAAUAUGACUAAAGCUAGCAUGUUAUAUAAACUUCAUAUAACUCUAACAACCAUCAGCCAGGAUAUUUGACGACUACUCUUUUCAAGCAGCUAUAACCAAUGCUUUAUUUGUUUCGCUUUCUGAUCAAGUAAGAUCGACAGUAUGUUUUUUUAAUCACUUAAAGACAGACUCAGUCUCGAAAUCUCGGGUUCUUUGACCCGUUUUCUUUAACAGCGAUUGAAGGAGGCUUCUGGGUAGACAGUCUGUCAGCCAGUCUGUCCCCAAGAGAAAACAAGCAAUGUUGUCCCAUUGCAGUGAAGAGGGGAGGAGCAGAGGACAGAGUGGUGAGCCAUAACUUUUAGGGCAGCAGCGGGUAACCAUUCAAACAUUAGUAUUCCACUGAGGCUGCCAGUGAGAGGAACAGGCCCAAGGAUCCAACCCAGAUGAGGGCCUGGUACCUCUGUCAGACCCUCAGCCUGCCUCAGAACAUAUAUAUCAAAGAUUAUAUGAUUUUCAGCAACUACAAGUGUACGAGAAUUUAUGUUAGGUACACUGGGGUUAAAAUGUCAAUCUGUUCGAUUUAUGAAAUACACACUACCGGGGUUAGCUGUGAGCAAUUGUGGCCUACGACGCAAAGACCUUGUUAAUCUAUGACAUCUUCACCGCAUAGAAUAAAUAAACCCUAGUUUUGAAAAUAAAUGUUGCUUUUUAUAUCAUGAAUACUGUUUGAAUUCCAGGACUGUGAUGGUUUCUGCUACAGCUGGAUGAAGAACAGGCUGACAGUGCAGUCACAGCAGACUAGAUGGCAAGGUUGGCCCAGUAGAUGCCAGAUCUUAUUUAUGGCUGCAUGAAGUGCAGGGUCAGGUCCUUCUAGAGAGAAAAAAAAAGAGCUUCCUCAAGGCAGUAAAAAAGUCAUGGUGAUUGUCUGUCCACUUGAGAUGACUGCAGAAACCAGCCUGCAGCCCAGCAGAUGAAGGAAAAUUAGACACAGAUGGAGGGUUUGUUUUGUAGUUGGUUGGUGCUGCUGUUGGCAGAUGUAGUUUUGUGUUGUCCCCAUUCAUUUUGAUUGAUUCAGCAUCAGAUAAAGCAAAUGAUGCAUGCAGCCUGGAAGCUAAACUCAGAAAGUUCUUUGUUAUAAAGAAUUAAUGCUUGUGAUGCAGUAUAAAGACACAUGGUGUUGAAUUUUCUCUCUUAUAGAGGUAGACUUCUGAGAGACAGUGUAAGAAAAACUAGAGAUAAUGUGAUUGACUCAAUGUCAAAGAAGUGUUGUGUGAUGAUGAUUAACUCCAGAACAGAGAUUCAGGUCAGAGCUUAAGUGUGGGACUUAAUCUAGUUAAAUAUAUAAGUAGUUUGCUCAGCAUAAACAGGAAUCAGUAGUUUGGAGGGUUAAAAUACUAGAAAAGUCACCAAACUUGGCCGACAAAUGCAGAAGUUAAAUGUUUGAUGUAGAUUUUGUCAGUGGACUUGGGUUCACAGCUCAGUUACACCUCCUACAAAUUUUCAAAAAUCAACCCCUGCAGCGAAUUCUGAAACGUGGUCGGCAUAUGUAUCACGCCUCUUGAGCCCAAAUCCUAAACCUAACAGGAAGUACAUCAUCUUGAUUUAAUCGUACCUAUCAUUUAUUGAUUAACUCCUCACAAAGGGUUGAUCAGAUGUGCUCUAAAUCAAGUGUACAGCUGCUGGAGACCUUACAAAAAAAAGACCUUAAUACAAAACUCUGGUAGCUCGUAAAAGUGAAACAUCUGAAAAACUGGAGACUUAUACUCUCCCUGCAGGGUCAGUCCAGCCCACUUCAGAUUGGAUCUACAGAUAUAGGAGGUGUCAAAAAACGAAUGCUCUUCAGCUCUGCUUCAAAACUCUGAAGGCAGAGUUGAGGCAGCUCUUCAAAGCUGCUUGUCUUGCAACACAGGAAGUUGCACUUAAUCAAAAACACAGGGUCCAAACUGCCUCUAACUUCACAUGUUUGAUGCAAGUCCACCGCUGAACAUUUCUACACGCCAGUAUUACCUUUUUUUUGAUCGGGCUUUAAAUUUUAAGCGCUGCAGCUGUAAGAUUCCUAAGAGUUUGAGAAAAAUGUGUUGCAUUAAAACGCUUCCAAUAAGUUAAUUUUACUCAGUUAAUCUUCCUCGUGACCUCAGUAAGGGUGAGAUCAGUGUCAUAGCUGUAAAUGACUGCACCGCCGCAGCAUUGACACCAUCAGAGGUGUGAGGUUGAUGCUGAACUGUUGCUUAUGUGUUACCACAAUGCGCCUGAUUUUAGAAAAAUAGGGAAGAGGUGCCAGACUCCAAAUGAUACUCCAGUGUUUCAGCUUUGGUUUUGAAAUGAAAAUAUUUUCUCUUUUCUGCCUGUUUUUGAAGUGUAGUGCAUUUACAGAAUGAAAAGGCUUUGAGAGUAAAGUUAACAAGCUCAGGAAGGUUUGCUAAAAUCUGCCCCCAUCUUUUGUUUAUCUUGCAGCAGGAAGUCAGCGAGGUUCCUCUGAUGCUGCCUUCUGAGAGCUUAACUAACGGUGACCUUGAGGCGGAUGAAGCCGAAGCAGAUGGCCUUGAGAGACCUCCGGCCAACAUGACAGAUCCACCCUUGACUUCCACUGCCUCUGCUGGUGUUGCUGUUGUCACGGAGACUCUGGAGGCAGAAAAGGAAGCUGUUGAAGGACGGGCGGCGGCCCUUGUGGCUGCAGCGAGAGCCGCGGCGUCGCAGGACCAACUGAAGCAGCGAUUAACAGCAGGAGGUCACCCAUGUGCCCAGUGUGACCGAGUCUUCAUGUCCAUGCAGGGACUGAGGUCCCAUGAGAGGAGCCACUCAGCUAUGGCGCUGUUCAGUAGAGAAGACAAAUACAGCUGCCAGUACUGCCAGUUUGUCUCACCCUUCAGACACAAGUGAGUAAAGAGGAGCUGGUUCUGUGGUUCAAACCUACAGUUGAGGUCCGUGUAGUGUAGACUCUACUUUAUGAGGAGUGGAAAACACUAUCAACAGCGUCCCUACCCAAUUCUAAUCUCUGGGUCAUGGCUAAUGUUCAUGUAUUGGAUGCUCGUCACCUCUGCCCCUGUACUGAGAAAUUGCUAGCAUAAACAUAAGGCUAAAGGUCCUUACACACCAGGCGCGAAUUCGCCAGGCGAAUUAUUCGCCUUUAUUCGCCUUUUUUUAAAACAGCAUAAAGUCAAUGCAAGCUUCCACACCGGCGGCGAUUUUUCCACGGGGCGAAAAGCCUCUUUUAUUUUUUCCCUCUUGUUUCGAAUUUUUCUGAGAUUCGCAGGCGAAUAUCUGGACCUGCUAGACCUCUGGCCAAUCAAAAGUCAUGUUGUUGAUGACGUCACAGACCCAUGCGGCUGCAGUUCACACGACACACACCACCACUGGCACCAAGAGCAACAAUGGGGGAGAGUGUGUACCACAGAGUGGUCACCCGGUGUGUAUAAGCGAAAGCGAUUUUUCGGACUGGUGAAUAUUUCCGCAUUUUCGUCUCGCUUUUUCGAGUCCCUCGCAAAUUCGCUGGUGUGUAAGGACCUUUAGUAUGCUACUGUUUUCUGCAGACAGGGAGAUUAAAUUGAGCUCAUUUUAGAAGACUUCCUUGACCCAAUCUUGGUUUAAGUGCACACUUAUCCAGAAAUUCUUCAUAUAUGUUCAUAAACAGGAAAUGGCCGAAAGCUGAUUAUGACUCAGUUUGAUUAUGAUAACUUUAUUAAGAUGCUAAAUGGAGAAAAACGCAAAAUUCAGUGACAUAUUAUCUCUAAAAAAAGUGCCUUUUUAAAAUUUGCUCCUAGUUAAAAUCAAAUCUCAGAUAUUCUUAAAAUGAUGUUCCUCAUUCAAAAAAGGUAUUUAUUUAAAUCAAAAUGAAGUGACUUGAUUGUUUGCUCAUUAGUAUGUUUAUUAGCAUAUUAGCUUUUAAUUAGACACUAAAAAAACACAAUAAGAAUAAAAAUGAUGAAAUAUGGUGAUAGGAGGUGUCCACCCGACAGCGAUGAUAUACCACAUGCUUAUAAGCAACUCAAUAAUGGUUAAUAUAAGGUUUGUCAUAUUGUAUUUAUUGACUCAGACCUAAUAUGAUGAUGUAGAAAACUGUUUUCUGGAUGAAAGUCUAGGAUCCAAAAGUUUCUAAAUAUAUAUAUUUGCAAAUAAGACAACGUACAGGAGUGUUGCCUCACUUAGCUGAGAACAAAUCCCUGAUAAGAAAACUGUCAGAAUCGUCUUAAAAAACUGUUUAAAGUUGUUUUAAGGAGAAAUUUCCUCUGGGGAAGGGUAAGGUUAAGAGGUGGCACUAUAUUAAUCAAAGCAGAGUCUCUAAGAGGUCAUUUGUUCUCAGUGUUAUAUCAGUUUACUCAUGCCUUACAAUACGUGCAAUAUGAAUCCCUUGUGUUGUAAAAACCCUCCCUGUUUUAUACCUUUCCAGUCCCACACCAGGUGCUCUCAGAAUCAUCUGGAUGUAAACUCAUUUUGCACAGGCCUCACUUUUACGCCUUAUUCUGUUUACCCUAUCACAUCCUCUGGAUCUUCAAUCUUCUCGAAGAUUUCCUGCCUCCUAGGAGAGAAAGACAAACAUUACGGCAAGACUGAGAUUUUGGUUGGACGAUUUGUUUUAUCUAUCACAGAGACACAGAGCGAGAGGUGGAAGAGAGAGUCCUCAUCUCCUCUGAGCUCCCAGGUGUAAUCCCUCUGUACUGUAUGUGCCCUGACCCAGAAACAAGCUGCAUUCCCGUGCCACCUAUGAGGCUGGCAUUAAAAACACAGCCACCGUUCCCACAGGCACACACGCACUCAGCCCCACCAGGGGAUUGUGGGUAGAUGAGUUCACCCCAUGGCUCCUUGUUGUGUUGUCAUUGGAAAUGUGUUGUUUUUGGGGUAAACAGUAUGGGGCGCUUUAGAUGCUGCAGAAAAACCCUGCUGUUGAAAUCAUCAAAGUGAAAGCUCUCUUUCCUGUACUCUAUUCUUGUCACUUUCUCUCUCUUUGUCCUCAUUUCAUCAUUCUUUUCCUCUUUUAUCUUCUAAUCUCAUAUCCUCUCCUCUUGUGUUUUUUGUAUAUUUUGUCUCCUCCUCAGUCUGGACAGACACGUGCAGUCCCACCACGGGCACCACAAGCCCUUCAAGUGCAAACUGUGCCCCUUUAAAUCUGCCUACGUGAGUCGCCUCAAGAGCCACCUGCAUAAGGCACACACAGGUACGAAAGAAACACACGCUCAUGCAUUUAAUCACAUCCUACAGCUGUAUCCAUGACUAACAAGGUAUUCCCAGAGUAACAUCCUCCUGUUUAUCAUCUUCCAUAUAAAGAUACUGUGCUUGAUUUAGCUUUUGCAUCGCAAUGAAACCAGAGGAUUAUCUGAAGCAGCAGAUUCAUAUUCCACUGUUUAAAUUACAGGGAACAUACAAGACAUCCAGAAAAAAGGCUUGAUGUUGGCCCAGACAUUUGCACAAAUACCUAAAAUGAGCUCAAAGUCAAUACUGAAUUCAAAAAGAUGGAGGCAAACACUUCAGUUUGAUCGUAUUCCUCUGCACAUCGUGUUUUUUUUUUUCUUACAUUUUUAAGGGAGCCAGACUCCAGACAAAGACCCAGACAUAGUCGAACAAAUGCAGAAAAGCUCCACCUGUGCAAUCAAUACGUGAGCAAAAGAAACAAUCUCUUAAGAUGGGCGAACGAGAUGGGCCAAUUUUCAGAAAGCUUUUGAGUGCUCUCAACUGUCUGAUAGGAGAGAAUGAGAAACAGGAGCAAGAGAUAACAACACCUGCUGAUAAUUGAUACAAAACAGUUUGAAGUUACAAUUAUAUUUGGGGAAAAAAACAAGAAUUCGCAGAAACAUUCAGCAUUAAAUUUCAUCAAUGUGGAUCACUGAUUUACCUUAGUUUGCUUGCUUUCAGUUGCUUUCACCUGGAGCUUUUGAUUCCAACAUUUUCUCACCAGGAAGAAGUUUCCAUAUUGAAACACUGAUUUAGUUGUAAUGUUGCCGCUCCACAGGAUUCUGUUUGCAUCAGGUGAUGAUGCAAAUAUAUAUUCAGCAGCUACAGGAGGCAAGAUGCUAUCAAUCCUCACGUAUACCCUUAAAAAAAACUCUACACAAGGUCUCUUAGCAGAAGCAGCAUCAUGGCAGAAAUACACAUGCACAGAGCCAGCAACCUCCCUGAGUUAGAAGUGAAGCCAAUGUAGUAAAAGCUGAAGUGCAAAAUACUGCAGUUCCUCAAGUGUCCAGCAGAGGCUAGCUGCAAAGCCAAGGACUCCACUUUUGACCAUUUUACAGCUAAAUUAAACAUUUUACAACUCUGUUAGUUUUUAUUUAUCUAUUUAUUUAUUUAAGCACAUAUCUUUUUUUCUCCUUUUUUGCACUCAGGUCUUUUUUUUAUGCAUUUUGGUAACAUGAUUCAAAGGCAAAGAGUUAUGCACAAGUUUGCACUGGCUGACAAGGGAGCACAGUGACUGUUACCUGUGUGCAAGGUGGGUAAAAGCUCACCUCAGCUCCUAACAUUUACCCGGUGAAUCAACCAAUCCAAUCAUACCUGCUUUAUUUAUAUAGCACAUUUUAAAAAACAUUCAAGUCUACCAAAGUGCUGCACAGACACAGAUAAAUUAAAAGAACAAACACUGCAGAAAACAUCGAGGAAAUAAAUAAAAGCAGGUAAAAAACAUUUAAAGAAAUAAAAUAAAUGAAAUAAAACCACAAAAGCAUAAAAGAAAUAAAAGUGAUAAAAGGACCGUAUUAGGACAGAGAUCACACAACUGUCAUGUUAAACUAAAAGCCAAUAAAUAAAGGAAUAAAAAUGAAUAAAAGUGAAUAAAAAUAAUAGAACUAAAAGAAGUUUGGUUCAAUAUGGGACUUGCCGUGAAUGACCAAUGGGUGAAAUUAAUGCGUCUAAAAUCGUGUUUUUCUAUUAUUUUUAAAAAAGCCUUUGCUGACUCAUCAGAUGUGGAUUGUUUGAAUUCAGACCUCAACUGAGACUUCUGAAAUAUUCUGUGUCGCUUGUUGGAGAAUAAGUUAGUAAGUCUGAUAUCUGAUUAUUGGUUUUCAAAGGAAAAAAAAAACAGGAAGCAGCCGCAUUAGUUAAAAUACCAAUUCAAAGCCUAUAUACAUGUUAACAGAUGUGGCAUUCAUUUAAAAAUAGUUGCUGUAGUGCGUCUGACAUACUGCCCUGUUUUUUUUCUUAUUUAUUUAUAACAAAAGUCAGCUGUAGAGAGGCAUCUACAAAAACAAAGACUGCAUAAAACUUAGCAUCUGUUUUCAUGAAUCCACGUGUUCCUAAAAAGAUGAUCUGAAGCUCAUAAAGUUGUGACAGAAGCCAGAUCAACCAUAAAUAAUUAAGAUGUCUGAAACCAUUUUUAUGAGCCAAGCUUUCAACAUGUUUAAUUUUGCUGCAAAAAAUGGACAUCUUGAAACAGGACCCAUUUGGAUCCCUUGGCUCUUACAGUCAGCCUCAAGUGGACACACAAGGAAUUUCAGAUUUUUGUUCUUCAGCUUUAGUUUCAUUUGUUCAGCUCAAGAGGUUGCUUUGUUUGAGAAUUGAGUCACAUUCAGAUGCUGCAAAAUCUCCCUUUAAGCCAUGUGCUUGUAAGUAGUUGUGGUGUUUUGCAGUCAAAUCACCUACAAUUACAGUGAAUGUCAAGAAGUUGUAUUUAACAGAGCCUGUUAUUUCAAAGCUUCGUGUUAAUGCGCGAUACUGCGAAACAUUUCCUUUAAAGUUUUAAUGGCACUUAAAGAAGCGUUUCUCUCUUUUUCAAUCAAGAUACAACGAAUUAGCCCAAAGAGAGCACUUCAACUUAACUAUCAAAACAAACACAACAAAGUGCUGUACAAAACGUAAAAGCUACAAUAAUGUACGCAAUAAUGUCAUAGAAACAGGGACACAUAUUGAAUUAGCAAGACACACUGAAUAAAAGGGAAAACAACUUAAAACUCCGGCUGAAUGAAACAAAGAAAGAGAAGAUUUAAAAACAAUACCAACAAUCAAAAACAACAGCUAAAUUUAAGAGACAAUUUAAAAAACAUGGUAGUUAUCACCAUCAUCCUGUUUUAUUGUUUUAUAGGGAACAUUUCGUCCUCUACUGCCUUUCUGCUGCACAAUCAUGUGUUAAUCGAGAUACUGACUUUGUGAUCUUGAUGUCUUUCCAGGUGAACAGCACACAUACAAGUGCUUGUCGUGCCCCUUUUCCUCCAUGACCAUCAGCCAGCUGAAGGAGCACUCACUGAGAGAUCACGGCGAGGCUCUGACCCUCCCCAAACUCCGAGCUGCCACACAGGCCGCCCACACUACCCCACGGCUCUCCCGGCUGCCUAGUAACACAGAGCAGAGCCCCCUAAAUCCGGAUGGUAAGAGAUCCUGGGUUUUAUCAUUAUUAUCAAGUUGAGAUCAAUCUGGAAAUGAGAAACUUCUGUUGAGUGUCAAAGCAAAUCUACUGUACGAAGAUGUCUUAGAGGAAACAGAUCUGCGUCAUCAUGUACUGUUCGUCACUUUGGAUCAGAGCGUCUGCUAAAAUGACAUCGCAAUUUUGUAAUAGCUCUGGUAUUGAAGCGCAUAAUCCAUGAAAUAGAUGUGAUGCAAUAAUUGAAACCAGAAAUCCCAAGAAAUCAAAAACAACUUUAAAGCUCCUGUGUGGAGUUUUUUGUGACAAUGAUAUUCAAAUCAGUUCCUCGUUGUGAUAUAAAAAAGCAGACAAGGGCAUCUAGGACAAAAUUGAAAAUUCUUUUGUUUUAAUUUUUGAUGUCCGAAACCCAUGUGAGGGUGUAGGUGUUAGCGUAAAAUUAAUUUAGGGUCAAACACACCAUAACACUGAGUUAGACACCCCCUCGAGAGAUGAAUGUUGCCGACCGCUUGCUUCUCUAGUUAUGGCAACCUUAAUAGUGACCACAGAUAGCAAUACAGAGAGCCACGCGCUCAAACAAAACGCUACUUUAUAGCCACAAAUAAUGCUCAGAACAGCACCUAACUUCAUCAACAUAUAGGGUCACAGCCAAAGUACUAGCCACCAAACAUCUUUUUAGCUUUGCCUAAUUUCUUUAGCAAAGACACUAAACACAACUCACCUACUCUCUUCCAGCAGCCGCUUGUCUGUAGAAAGACCUCCAGGCGAGUCCAUCGACUGAGGCGGGGUGACGCAGCUCAAGGAAGAACAUUUAUGAUCAUUUCUUCAUGGAAAUGCAACCAGACAGAGACGCUAAGGCAGAAGAACUACCUCGUCUGCAGUGCAAAAUGAUUAAUAUGGUGAUUAUUACUUCAAGGAAACGAUAAAGUAAUGAUCAUGAAUGUUCUUCCUUGAGCUGCUUCACCCCGCUGCAGUCAAUGAACUUACCCAGAGGUCUCCGUACAAACAAGCGGCUGCUGGAAGAGAGUAGGUGAGUUGUGUUUAGUCUCUUUGCUAAAGAAAUUAGGCAAAGUUAAAAAGAUGUUUGGUGGCUAGUGCUAUGGCUGGGACCCUAUAUGUACUGUUGAUGAAGUUAGGUGCUGUUCUGAGCAUUAUUUGUGGCUAUAGAGUGGUGUUUUGGUUGAGCACAUGGCUCUCUGUGUUGCUAUCUGUGGUCUUUACUAAAGUUGGUAUAACUGGAGAAGCAAGCGGUUGGCAACAUUCAUCUCUCAAUGGGGUGUCUAACUCAGUGUUACGGUGUGUUUGACCCUAAGUUAAUUUUACGCCGGAAUAUUCCUUUAAGCGUGAAGAUGACAGGAUAAGCAAAAGCUUAAAAUUAGAGGAGCUUUAAAUUAGUUUUUUUUUCUAAUAAACUUUGAAGUAUAUUUUUUUAUGUGUUUUUUUGUGAAAUUUUUUACUGAAACUCCUUUUAUUAAUUUUUAGAUUUAAUAUUUGUCAUCUGUCAAAUUAUCAGCAAGUUUCAACUACUCAGUCCGGUAGAAUCCAGGAUUUAAACUCUGAGAUUUCAGGACUUUGUCUGCUGAUCUUUGACCACUCGAGCCUUCUUUUAAAGUGGAUUACGUUGCUUUAUUAUUCUCAAUAUUUCUGAUCAAGAAGACACGUCAUCUGUAGGUUGACAUACGUUGGCUAACCCACAGUCCUGCUGCUGUGUCGUAGGUGUUUUAGUCGCAGCACAGCCUCUUUAGCUUGCAGACUGUUCUUGGCAGCAGCUGUCACCUUGCUGCUGGAGCUGAGGAAUCUCCCCUGGAGCUGAAGCAGGGCAGCAUUCCUCAACGCACCAACCACCACGGUCAGCUGUGACCGACCAAGACAAGUGAAGCAUUGAGAGAGAGCAGAGCUGACAUAUUGAAUGUCUCUCUACUGUGCCAAACCAGCUACCUUCAGCUGAAUGUCCAAAUUUAAGUCCAACUUUCAGUGGAAUAGAGGGUCUGUUUGGGGUGGGUUAACAUUUGAUUAGCUCUAAUUAGCAACGAUUUUAUCUCAAAUUUCAUUUUUUUUGUGACAGUAAAAGCUGCAUCUGCUGAAAUCUAGCAUUGAACCUGAGUUUUAUUUUCCAACUCUGUCUUAUGUAUUUAAGGAAGACUGCCUUUGAGUCCUCUUAAGAUAUUUUCAAGGUGCCCUCCUCUCUCUCGCUCUCUUUUCUCCAGCUCCUCACAGAAGUAUUCCACCUCUCAUUUAUUCAGUGUCAAAGACAGUUUUGACCGUAAAUCCAUUUAUGUAGACACAUCCCCACCCCGUGACACAAUUUGCUAUCUCAUUUUCUCACAUCUCCACAAUGCAGAGGGGAUAUUAAGAGCAUGAAUCAACUGUGGCGUCGUUUGAUUCGUAUGAAUUCCUCUGCCUCCUUUGGAAAGUGAGAAAUUGAGUCUCAAGCAUUUUAUUAAGUAAAAGUUUAAAAGAAAAAACUUUUCCCCUCCCCUCCAAGCUUCUCCAUAUCUGCACGAGUGCUGAAUGAGGCAUUUUUCACAUGGAUAGAUAUUCUAUUAGUGUCACUGUGGUUUAUUUAUUGAUGUGUUGAAGGCUCAAAGUAGGACGAGAAGAUGAGCUUGCUCACUGGUAUUAUAGACUCAGAAGAAAGGGAAUGAAAAGAGAAAGGGGACGAAUGAUGACAGUCGUGGUUAUAUGUCUGUGUCUGGAGGGAAAGAAGAGACAUUGGCACCCUUCUCAAGGAAAAAAACAGCUGCUGUCUGCUGAUAGUCCUUUAUUAUGUUCUUGAAGUCCUCUCAGAAUAUGCAGUUUUAUGUUUCUGCAUGCCUUUAAAGUCAUUUUGAUGUCCAUCUGAAGACCAAAAGAACUAGAAUUCAAUGAAAUACAUUAUUCUGUUACGCACAAAAAUAACUUAAGUCUUUAUGUUACACAUGAAAGUGCAUAUCAGAAGUAAAAGUGGAAAUUAUAAGAAUCAAGAAACACCGGGGCGGCAGUAGCUCAGGAGGUAGAGCCGGAAGGUUGGCGGUUCAAUUCCCCCAAAUCCUGAGUCUGUCCGUUGUGUCCUUGGGCAAGAAACUUAACCCACCUUGCUCCCAGUGUGUGUCCUCCACUGGUGUGUGAUUGUGAGUGUUGUGUGGUGGUGGUCAGAGAGGCCGUUGGCGCAAACUGGCAGCCCCGUUUCUGUCAGACUACCCCAGGGCAGCUGUGACUACUAAGGUAGUUUACCACCACCAGGCUGUGACUGUGUGAGUGAAUGAAUGAAUGAUGUUUCCAAUGUAAAGCACUUUAAGGGUCUCUGAUAAAAUGCUAUAUUAUUAUUAUUUGUUUUUACUUUAAAUGUUGCGGAUAAACCAGACAUUUAAAAAAAAAACUGCAACAAGGUAAAAAGUGUUUAUUUGCAUUUUCCUGACAUAAACAUAAAUAAAUUAAAAAAUUUAAAAAAAAGUUUGACUUCAAAGUUGUUUCACUUUCAUUGACUUUGCAUAUGUUGUCCCAAAAUGAUGAGCUUCUUUCUCUCGAUGUGUCCGCUCCUCUCUAAGAUCCAUCAUAUCUGGAGCCAGCGGAUGUUCGUCAGCAGCUUAGUCAUUACCAGCUGGCCUCCCGCAGUCAAAUGUCUUCCGGCCUAACACCUGGUGGCUCAACGGUGGCUGACAAUCGACCAGACGGUGUCCUUACUUGCGAGUUCUGUGAGUUCAGCUCCGGGUACAUGCAGAGUCUGCGUCGGCACUACAGGGACCGCCAUGGUGGCAAGAAGCUCUUCAAGUGCAAGGACUGUUCGUUUUUCACCUGCUACAAGUGAGUGAUAUACUAACACAUGUCAAAGGGGGUGAUAAAUCUAUAGAUACGAUGUUGACAAGAGGUUAAAUUCCAGCUUUGGUGAAAUGGUUCCUCUGCGUGUCUCUGAAUCCGUCUUAGGAAUACCUUCACCAUGCACGUGGAGGCCGGUCACAACAACAACGCACCCGAGGAACUCCCUAAAGAGCUGCGCUGCCCUCUCUGCCUCUACCACACUAAACACAAGAGCAAUAUGAUUGACCACAUCGUCCUGCACAGAGGUACGAUCCAGGCAAAAUGGAAAAAGGAAAUCUGAAAACUUUACUUUAGAUUUAGUAGGUCAGCUAUUCCUGUGCUAUUAUUUGCUUUUUAUUUUCCUGGAGGGGUGUUAGAUUAGAAGAUAAAUGGACUAUUUCUUGGCCUGUGUGUAGCUUCUCUAUUAGCUGAUUAUAAGUACUUGAAUGGUUUAUACUCAGUGCUUGCACAUGGUGAUGUCUCUUCUGGUGCUAAUCGAGUCAAAUUGACGUUGAAAUUGAAACGUCACGACCAGAAAGCAGGCAGUUUUAGAAGAAUCUAAGAUAAGUUUGUGCAAAUGUGAAAAAAUCUACAUGAUAUCUCUUAUGUACCCAAACACCUCCUCUUCUCAGUCUGUCAUCAAACCACUACCCUUGUCCCUCUUUUCUGCCAUCAGUUUUCUACAUCUCAAAAAAAUUUCUCUUCUCCUCCUCCACUAGAAGAGCGCGUGGGACCGCUUGAGGUCAGCCGAUCCAAGCUGUCGCGUCACCUCCAGGGCCUGGUGUUCCGCUGCCACAAAUGCACCUUCACAUGCUCCAGUGACCAGGCUCUGCAGCUGCACCUGCAGAAGCACGCUGAGAUCAAACCCUAUCAGUGCCAGCUCUGUUACUAUGACAGCAGUCGACGGAGCCAGCUAGAGGAGCAUCUACGCCUUGAACACAAGGUCAGAUGGAGUAAAAAAGAUGAUACCUGUGAAGUUCAGAGUGACUAAACUUGAAUUGAUUAACCUUAUAUUCUUGGAGGUUGCUUUAUUACUUUGAAAAAAAGAAGUAUCAGGUAAUGACAAACCAUGAAAAGCGGUAGAGAAAACUAAAGCUUGCUCAUGUUUGGAGGAGUGGAAGCGCAGGUGUGGUCGCUGCUGGGAGUGAUGUUGCUCCUGCUCAGAGUCUUAAAGGGAGUGUUGCUCAGACAGACUGAUAUCAUUUGCAAAUAUUGUAGAUAUACACACAGUGAAAGGUCAUUGAAUUCCCUUCCUUUUCUUUUUCAAGCUUCUGACUCAGAUAUACUGUAAAUAAGGUCAUCACCAUCUUUGUGAAGUAUAAAAAUACGUGUGUAGCCCAGCGGCACAAAAAAAAGGAACGUUUUCUUUCGGAACACCCUGUUGCAUUUAGAUUUGGUCAAAACUCACUUAGAUAAAUAAAAAAAACACCUCUCUGGAUGUAAUUCUGAAAUGAAGGUCUUUCAAACUGAGCAGAUUAACAAACUCUGGAUUAAAGUUCCGCUUUAAAAAUGAUCUCUAAAGUAAACACUCAUAAUUUAUAUUCGCCGAAUCGGACUUCUCUUUUUAUCCGUGUAUACAUGCAGCUGAGAAAAUCAAAUUACUAUCCUCCUCCCUAAAACUAGGGGGCGAUAUGGGUCUUUUCAGGGGCGCUGUUAUCAACCCCGUACAACUGUCAACAACAACAGCAGAUCCGUGCAAGACGCCAGAAGUGGCUACCACUGCUGCUGGGCAUUUUCGAGCAAGAAGAUGGAGCAUCGUAGCCUGGCUGGGUCAUCCAGUUGCGUGAAUCACUUGCCGUUCCUUCCCACAACAGUCUGGACUUCGGCCAAUUGGGAGCGUGUAUUAGAAAUCAGAAAAUAACCGGGCCAAUCAGUGACUGUGUUUCCACUGUUCCCCGGACAACAGGGAAAGGCAGCCCCUGAUUGGUCCAUGUGUAGAUGGUGACGUCUAACACAUGCUGCGGGACUUUUCAAAGCGCCGUUCAUUCAGAACGCCGUUAAUUCUGCAGUUGACCUUGCAAAGUCGGCAGAAAUCGUUUAUAUCCGCAGAAGAAGACGUAACAGACAUUGUUUGCUCGCACACAUUGAAAUAUUACCAAACCUUUACUUGAUGCUUGAGAUCCCUGCAGGGAACACAGUUGCGCACUGUGAUGACGUCAGGUGUUUGGUUAUGGUGAUUGGUUACAGUAGUCUGUCUAUCAAGGAAAGUACUCCCGCCCACUUUUAGGGCUCCCAAUUGGCCGAAGUCCAGACUGUUGUGGGAAGGAACGGCGAGUGAUUCAUGCAACUGGAUGGCCCAGCCAGGCUAGGAUCAUCGUACAGCGUUGUUUUUGUCGUACAUGAUGUACGCGCUACUUUUUCUGUAGAUGAGAUGCACGCUACUCCUCUGGUGUUUUUGUUCUGGGGUUAUGGGGGCGUGGCGUACGUGCACAUGCAUUGUCCAAUCAUACUCCGACUACGCUGAUUACAUGGUAGAGAAAAUCGAAUUCCAAUCACGUUAUCUGGAUCUUAAUCUGAGUUCUCUGACUAAGACUAAGGUGUUUACAUGCACUUCAGUUUUCCGGUCUUAAUUGAAGUGAGGCAGUAAUUCGGUUUAUAAUUGAGUGUUAUGUAAACGUACUGACUGUUCAUAUACAGACAGAUUAACACCUCAUGUCUAUGAUCAGGUCAUCCGAAACUUUGAGCUGAUGGGCCGUGUCAACCUGGACCAGCUGGAGAUGAUGAAGCAGCACGAGAGCAGUGCAGAGGAAGAGGUGGAGGAGGAAGAGGAAGAGGAAGAGGAAGAGGGAAUCAUUGAGAUGGGUGUAGAUGGGAAACUAGCUGGUGCGGGAGAAGAAGAGGAGGAGGAAGAGGAGGAGGAGGACAAAGAGAUGGGAAUGAUGACAAACAUGGUGCAGGAGCAUAGAGAGGAGGAUGAUGAAGAGAUGGAGGACAACAUCAAGGAAGAAGAAGAGGAGGAGGAGGAGGAGGAAGUGGAUGAAGAAGAAGUCAGGGCGGUGGAGGAAGAGAGACCAGCCCCACAAGGUAAAUACAGCUGAAUUAAUACUCAUCUUUUGUGUCAUGUCUUCAUCAGUCAUUUCUGGAUCUUAACACAUUUUAGUCUGACCAGUUGUUUGGACUCUAUUUCCCAGAAGUCUUUGCAUCCCCCACCAGCAGCACCAGCAGCAACUCUGGGCCAAGUGGUGCAGAAAAGCGUCUCCCCUGUGAAUUCUGUGGUCGCUGCUUCACCAACAGCCUCGAGUGGGAACGACACGUCCUUCGACAUGGCAUGUUAGUAUUUUUCCCCCCUCCUCCUCCUCCUCCUCCUCCUCUUCCUCCUCCUCUUUCUCUUCCUCUCCUCUUCUCUUUGUGAGUGAGCUUUUGUGUUCCUCAUCUACUACACAGCGAGACACGAUGGUCCUCUCAGUCUUUUUAGUCUUACAGCAGACAACACGGUGUAAGUCUUUGUGCGGUCUCACUUUGGAUUAGGCAAGACGAGUUAAUUUCUGCAACAAGGCGAUUCAAAGUGCUUAACGCAUCCCAAUGUCUCAGCUCCAUUAGUGUUCAAGUUUUCUCCACGUUUGACUACAAGUGUCUGUUUUUUCUCUUUCCUUCAGGGUGUUUAACAACAGCCGCAUGGACACCAGCGCCCCCUCUGCAUUAGAGGCCUCAGCUUCAUCUUCCACCAGCUCCUCAGUCCCGAUGGACGCAGGAUUGGACCUGUCCAGCAACAAUAAAGAAGAAGGGAAUGCAGCUAAUCACACACUGAGCAGUCAAAGCCAGUAUGUGGAAGACGUAGAAAUGCUCGACACCAAAAAGGAUCAACAAUUUGGUUGAACUCGUUGUGGACUAUUUGGGUUAGAAACUGAUAACCUGGGGUAGAAUAAGCACUGAGUUGGACAUUCAAAUAGGACGGGAAGAAAAACAUUGAAACUGAAAAAAGUGACUUCUUGUGAGUUGGCGCAUCACUAGAUUUUAUGUGUUACAUAUUUAAGUAUUAGGUUGUGCUGCAUAAACAGCUGAGCUCUUUUAAUGGGCAGUCCCUAGGACAGAUUUUAAUAUAUUGGUAACCAAUAGUGAACAGAACUCUUUAUUGCUGACAUUCUGGUCAAAUCUACAGUGAAAGAUCCCACCUAGAUAAAAACUAAGCUAUUUAUGAAGAAUGUUGUCCAAGAUGAGAAACUAAAUUCAACAUUUUCGUGUUUCAAGCACCUUUUACACUCGCCCCUACUUCUACUCUGACUGUAAAUUUACAGAAAAAGCAACAAAGACAAGAUGAAAGCAUUUAAAACUAUUGUCCUCUGUAGAGUUACCUUUUUCAUGUUUUCUUGUUCAAAUUGGAGACUUUUUUCCAUCCUAGCCUUGUGUUAAAUGUGUAGAGGUAUUUCUGAGGAAGAGUUGCACCUUAUCUUUUUUAGCAAAACCUUAAAUUGUGUUUUCUCCAUCGUAGAAAUACCAUCAUUUCCCCUAAUGUUGUAGCAAAUUGCUACAUUUAAGGUCCCUUAAUAUUAUACUACGUAUAAGCCCUCUCUCUGUGGCACCCUUUGCCUUUUGACCGUGCUGUUGUACCGUCCAGUUAUUUUACCCAUGAAAAAAUUGCUAAUAGGGAGAUUAGUCUCCGUCUUUCCCCCCCGCAAGAGAUCUUGUUGUUUGUGGUUGAUGUCAAACAAGGCCAAAAGUGGCGCAAUAUUUCUCAACAUGAUUAACUGACAGUGAUUACGCUUGUCUUUUCAUCACCAAGUUUGUAAUUGGAUGUAACAUGAUCAGCUGAGUUAGCAUAUCGUAUGCACACUCAUUAUAAGAGUCCAUUUCCGCUAAGUAUACUAUACCUGGGACAGAGGGAAAACUCAGUCCAUGUCUAUCAGAGAUACUGGGGUCUUGACAAUUUGUAAGGGUUCGAUUUUAACCCCCGAAAUUCUUCUCUUGAGAAGUACGAGGGGCGUUGUGGUGCUGAUCACUUUUUAUUGGAUGUGUAUCCCCAGUAUUUCAUUUCCAUGUUUACAAACCAGAAGACAAACUUGAGCAUCAGUCAAUUCCUCAAUUCUAUCAUCAAAUUUGUCAUGUGGUAAAUUAUAAUUACAGGCAGCACAAUUUGAACCCUCUCAGGCUCAGUGUUGGGCAAAUAAUGAUCUCUUUAGCUUUAUAAGGUAUUGUGGUUAUCAUAGUAUCAAAGAAGAUUGCAUAUGGAUAUAGAUGUCUAGCUGCUGUGUUUGAAAAUGCAAACAACAAGUUCAAUUCCUUAAAAAGUAGUUCCUGUUACCAAAAGUUCAGGCAACUUUCCAUGCAAAGUUUGAAGGACUGAGAGUUGUAGCCAAAGCCGAAGUGCCUUAAAGUGCAGUUUCUCUAAAAGACAACAAUAGACUUGAACUGCUCUGAGAAAGGAUUCCAACUAGUUCAGAAGUAACCAUGAUACAACUUCCCUCUUUAAAUUAUGAUCGAUUUCUCACUCGAUUUAAAGGCUGGUUUCACAUAUUUGUCCACGAUCAAUUCAGCUGAAAGUAGAUUUUUCAAAGUUCCUUCUGAUCUGAUACAAAUAAAUGGAAAUUAUUUUUUUAUACUCAUAGCUUUGAAAUAAAAUGGAUGCUAUAUUGGAAUAAAUAUUGAAAUUACGGCUGAUUUCUGAAAAUAAUUAGUCCCUUGCUGUGGGUACUAUAAAAAUCAAACUCUUAAGCUAAAAUGGAUAUUUGUUUUCUUGAUGGAGAAGUUUAGCUGCCUUUGUGUGCUACUCUGGAGAUAAUCUUUCAGUUUCCUUAAACUUGCCUUUUAUGUGUGAAGAUUAAACUCAAAUCGAUGUAUAAUUUUUUUAAAUUUCCUCGAGGGAACCUUCCCAAAAGGAUAAAUAAAGUUCUCAUCUUAUCUAAUCUCUAAUCUAAUUCCUCUCUUUUCAAUAAUUUACUGUUUGUGGCACAGACUUUGCUCUCCACAGCGUGCAGUUUAGGGUAUUGUUGAAUUAUAUUGAUAUCCAAACCAUUAUCGAGCCUCCACAAUGAUACAAGUCUUUAUUGAUUUCCAUUUAGACUCUUUUUUUUCUAUUUGUUGGAGAAGACACCAUGACAAUUUUACCCAAAAUGGUGUUUCUUAGCCAUGGUUUUCCCCCCUACAAAAAAAAAAGUUGUACCAUAAACAACAUUUUCUUUUUCUCACUUGGUGUGGUAAGAAGUCAGCAAAGUUAAGACCUCAAGCAAUUGAUCACCAGAAUGCUUUUCGUGUUUAAUUUGUUGGCCACAAAAACGAUCAGACAGUUUAUGUUAAUAGAUCUGGUUUUAAUCCUCAUCCGUAGAUUUGACACAUUAUGCUGAGAAGACAAGUGUAACCAAGUCAAAGAGCCUCAAAAUCAUUUUGUACAAACUUAAAUCAGGAUAUUGGGAAUACUGAGAAUACAUGUGGGAGACUGACUCUCAACCCCUUCGACUUGAACCCCGUUAAAUUGUCUUUCUGCGCGGACACUACUGUCAUCACCUGCAUAUGUGUGCUACUUUUUAGGAAGUUGUGACAUUAUUGUUGUUACUGACAAAAGGCAGAGAUUGUAUUUGUUGGAAGUUGCUGCUUUGAAUGCCCUUAAGCCUUAUAAAGAUGACAAAUAGCAAAUAAGUCAAAUUAUGUUGAAACCCAAAAAGACCAAUAAGUAACAGUUGGAAAUAAAUCGGCUCAUUACUCCAUCCAAUUUACAGAGGAAACGGUACCAAAAUAUUAACCAAGCCUGCUGUGUUUGCUGCUGUGAUUGUAUUUCAUGAGCAUCAAUCAAACCAUCAUUGAAAUGGUAAAGCUGGGUUUGAACCAGUGGAUUUUGGAAUUAGACUUCAGUGUGUGCAACCCAGUUGAACUUUUUUGCAGCCAUGUAUAGAAAACAAAACUACUUGUUAAGUGUUUGAACUGUGAUGUUUCAGAAAGAAUACUCAAACCUUUUUUUUCCUUUAGGUGUUUUCAUCUUAAAAAGAAGACAAAAAAGUCAUAAUUGAAGAUGAUAGCUGACCCUAAGAGGCUUUCGAGUCCUCAGUCCAACAUUAUUACACUGUUGUACAAUGUCUGGUGACAAUGAAAAUGAUUUUGUACUGUAAUGGGACAGGCAGGAAGGAUGAGCAGUGUGGUUGUAUAUUUACACAAGGGAUGAAAAAUGAUGCAGUUUUUCCACUUUUUGAUCGCCAGGGGCUUUUAUUGUGAAGAGGAUAAACUUGGCUAAGUACAAGACGUGGAAAAAUGUUCCUUUCGGGGCAUUUAACUCAACAGCUUGGUCGUCUUCUGGGAUAGGCAACCUAAUAGAUCUGUAGAGAUCUAACCCACUCAUGUCCAAUCCGAUAUGUGACUCUCCGGUUUCUUAUAUUCAUGACCAGUUAGGGCGGGAACUCCCAGUCAGCCUGCCCGUAGUCUACCCUGUCAACAGUAGGUGGGAAUGUAGCAGCCCCACUUUGCUCCUCAGUCCGUGUAAAACCUGAGAAAACUGUUUGAGUUUGUGAUGAAUUUCCAAGCCCUUUUUUCUGUUCCUCAGGACCAGCUUGUAGCUCUUUCAAAGUAAAAUUGUUGUGUAGAAAUAAGCUUUGUAAGGCAGCUUUUUACCCUAUUUGAAAGCCCAGUGCUCUGAUGAUAAAGUGGGAUGUUCUGGGUAACCAAGCUGUCAGCCCCAAAUAGUUUGUUGUUCUGUGAUGAUUUUAAUAGAAAAAAAAACUAUGAAUCCCUCACUGUGUGCAGUCUCUGGACUGUUUUAUUCCCCGUUAACCCAAAGCUACUCCCUUGCUGACAACACACUGGAUCCUUGUAAAUAUGUUUCGUUUGCUUUCCGAUGCAUUUCUCUUCUCAGACUGUUGUUUCCAUAGUUUGACACUAGAAUCUCUCCUUUUUGCCUUUCUUCCCAUAUAAAUCUGAUUACCUGAUGGUGGGUUGUGAUGUUGCCUAGAAUGAUUGUUUACAACUUUAUUCCAUUUAUCUCUGGAUAUUCUGUAAAUAUUGUAAUUCAUUGUCUUUUUUUAACUUGAUAAUAAAGUUAUCAGAUAACAGUUUGUUGUGUUUAUCUUUUCUACUGAAACAUGUGUCCAGUUGGGACUUUGAAUUUGAAGCAAGUCAUGCCAAAUAAAGUGGGCAAAGUUUCACAACUUUUGACAUUGUCACUACUACCACUGCUGGUUUAAUUGUAGUUUAGGUGACUUUGUUGAGUGUCUGAAUAAAAGCCAUUCUCUGACUGGGGAAGCUACCCCCUCUACUCCCCAUGUGCCCCAUUGACUGCUUGCUUUUCGAGUUAUACCAACUUUAGUAACGACCGCACGAUAGCAAUUCACAACAGUCUGAGGAGCCAUAAACAUACCUCAACCAAAAAGCC